AUGGCGACCAAAAGACUGAAGGCACAAGCAGGCAACACUCCCUCCUCUAACCUCUUAUCCUCCAAAACGUCCCUGAGGAGAUUCUUCGCGGAGAAGCAGGAGACAGACAUGCGGUCCAAAAUGGCCGCGGCGGAGAAAUCUCCCGCGAGCCGCGCUCCUGCCUGCCCUACUCCCUCAGACAGCUCCACAGAGGGAACAGAUAUUAAAUCUAUUCUGACCCAGCUGCCUUCCAAACUGGACCUCGAAGCCAUGUUCUCCAAAAUGGAAAGGAGCUUUGGCGACAAGCUGCAAUCACUACAUGAGGAGGUAAGCCACAUUGGCAAUAGAGUGCAACUGCUGGAAGAGGGGGGGGGGGGAAACAACAGCCCUGCAAAUACACAACAUGCAAACUCUCCAGCAAACCCAGAAUGAAGCCCUAAUAUUCCUACAAAGGAAAAUAGAGGACCUUGACAAUAGGGGAAGGCACAAUAACCUCAGAAUUAGAGGCAUCCCUGAAGCCCCUGAAGGGACAAAUGAAAAUAUAACACAAAUCCUCACAAAUCUUUUUUUUUUAAAUUCUUUAUUUUUCUUGUGCAUAGUUUGACAACAAGCGUGUAGUGCCACAACAGCCUCCACAAGCAUUUUCAUAACAUUUCAAAGUGUAGCAGAUUAGACAGCACAUUUUUAUAUAACAUUGAGGAUAACAGGCUAUUAGGCAACAGUAUUGUGUAGUCUAACAUGCUAGGCUAGAUAUGCAUGUGGCAAAACUAUUUGCGCUUUAGUUUAUAGGUGUGUAGUUUUGCAUUCUUAAAGAACGGAGCUUUUAUGCUUAAGGUACUGGUUGCAUGUUUUUGAGUGCUAAGCGUGUUCGUCUGAAGUCAAGGGUUGGAAGUGUAUUCAGAAGCGUAAGCAGCAUGUAGUGUGGGAGGGCUAUGUUCUAACAUCAAGAUAUUCGCUGGUGGCCUUGGCAUAGGAAUCCGCGGGCGGUCUCCGCGGAACAAACUCUGGUGCAUUUGCAGAGUAUCUUGCGUGUUGGCGCGCUUGUCCUGCUGAUGGCGUCGCCGGGACUAAUGGUUCUGUGGGGAGGCCAAGUAAGCCCAGUAACCCGGUGGCCUCUUGCAUGUCGUGUAUUACAUGCUUGGUGCCUUCCUUGUCAAUGUUGAGAGUACGGCCAGGUCCCCAGCGGUACCGGAUUUGAUGGAGGAGCAGGAGUGCUGUGAGUGGGCUCAUUGUUCUCCUCCAUGCCAGCGUCCCGCCUGAUAAAUCUGAAUAGAAGGAGAGGGUCAUUCCUUCAAAGGGGUAUGUGGGUUGAGCUCGAACGACCUCCAUAAUCGCUUUCUUGUCCCUGAAUAGUUGAAACUGGAGAAUGACAUCCCCUGACGCGGCAGUUGGGGCCUUCGCUGGUCUUGGUAUGCGGAAUAUUUCCUCCAGGGUUAUUGCUUUUGCUGCCUUUGGGUUCAGCAGGUCAGUGAGUAAUCUCCUGAUGAAAUGUGGGAGUUCGGCCUCUGGAACAGAGUCGGCCACCCCCCGUAGCUUUAUGUUGUUUCGUCGUGACUUAUCUUCGUGGGUUGCGAGUUGUUGCUCAAGUUGCCGGGUUUUCUGUUGCAUGUCCCGGAUCGUUGCCUGGAGGUCCACGAUCUGACUAGAGUGUUUGGUAGAGGUGGCUUCCACUGCCCCCAGCCUGGUAGUAAUGCCUUUAAUGUCCUGUCUGAGCAGGGCCACAUCAUCCGCAAUUUUCUUGUGGUGGUCUGCCAUAAGCGCCCCAAUUGCCUCCAUGGUCACAGGGGUUGGGGUUUUCGUGGGUGACUGUGCCCAUGUAGAUAGUGGGUCAUGCCUGGGCACUAUGGGAUCUCCCUCGUCUGCCUCCGACGACUCAUCUGUAAAGUCGGAGCAGCCGCCGUGUAAGGACGCCAUUUUGGCUCCUGCUGCAUCGUGCGCCUGCCGCCAUAGUUCCCCGAUGUCCAUGCCCUGACGGGGCUUGUCGGGUUUCACCUUCUUGUUUUUCCGACCCAUGGAGCCCGGGGGGUUUUCUGGGUCUCCCUGCGGCAAGUUGGCGUAGGUUGAGAUGUCGGUAAAGGUGUUUAUUUAGUCCGCUGGUCCGGAGCUCCACGGCCAUGCGACCGUCCGGUUCAAACGCUAAGCUCCGCCUCCUCACAAAUCUUUUUAAUCAGCUUCUGGGCAGACCGCUAGACAUCCCCAUCAAGCUGGACCGCGCUCACAGAGCAAUACGGCCGAAAGCGUUGGCGAAUGAGACACCAAGGGACAUAAUUUGCAGGCUCCACCAUUUUCCCAUCAAAGAGAUGAUUCUUCAAAAAGCCAAGCAAAUCAGAGACAUUGCAUUUACCGACCACAAAGUGCAGAUAUUCCAGGACCUGGCGCGAUCCACACUGAUAGCGAGAAGAGCACUGCGCCCGAUCACAAAAACACUCUCGGACCGCAACAUACGGUUCCGCUGGGCAUACCCAUUUGCUUUGGUGGUGAAUCGCCAAGGGAAGACACACUCAAUAUCUACUCCAGCGGAUGUCUUGACGUUCCAACUAGCCCUAGGCAUACCCACCGACGCGGUGGAAGAUUGGACUGGUCUCUACAUGGAACAGGACAGGCACAUACCCCAGAGGGCCAAAUGGCAACGCAGCCCCAGGAAGCGAGGGAGACGGACCCCCUCGGGAAAUGAACUGCCCUCGACACCAAAAGGCACUGCCACGAGACCGACCUAAAAGACUUGAUAUAUCCUUUCACUCUGCUAAAAAUGCCUAAGCCAUAGAGGCGCUUGCCUCAACUAACGCCUAGUUAAUGCCAUGUUUAUAUAUAUAUAUACAUGUUUCUAUAUAUCUACUGUUUAAUGUGUAACCUAAUGCCAAAGUUCCACGUGGCUGGGGCCCAGACAACCAGAGGGCAUCCGGGACCCUGGACACGCUGGAACUGGGAUUCAAUCAAUAGAUAUGUCAUAAUAAGAUAUAAGCGAUGUUAACAUAAGCUAAUGCAAGAUCUCUAACGAUACCCGAAUUAUGUAUAUCACACGCGCAGCUGGCCUAGAGUCUCAACGGGUCUAGACCACACAACCCCCCAAGAGGUGCCACAAAGAGCAUGCGGGAUCCAUAUGAUCCACAGCGGGCUUGACACCAUCUGGAUGCAGCAGGCACGCUGCAUAUACACUGUCUAUAGUUUCUACAGUUUAUGUUUUUCCCCCAAACCCCAACCCCCCAUUGGGUAUAGGUCCUCAUCACAUCAUUUAAGCCCGAGAAGCUUCCACCCGUGGCUGUUCUAUGAUGGAUAAUCUUAAACUCAUGUCCCUGAAUGUAAGGGGACUUAACGCCUGAAAAAAGCACAAUCCUAGUGCAUGAACUAGACAGAUAGCAGAUGGAUAUAGUAUUCCUCCAGGAAACUCAUUUUAGAGGAGAUCAGACCCCCUUAUUGAAAACUAAAUCGAUGGGCCAAUCGUACUUUAGCAAUUACCAUGGAGGCAAAUCUAGAGGGGUCGCUAUUCUACUAUCAUCCAGGAGAGCAUUCAUGCUCCAAGACAGCAAACUAGACCCACAGGGAAGGUAUAUUUUCCUCAAAGGAAAGAUUAACAAUACCCUCAUUACCCUAGUGAAUGUUUAUGCGCCCAACAACAGACAGGUCCCAUUCAUCAAAUCAUGCCUCAGAAAACUAGAGAACUUUGCAGAGGCGUUAGUGGUGUUAGGGGGCGACUGGAACAUAGUCUUAGAUCACUCAAUGGACAGCACUGCGACAGGUAAAGACACAUUAGCACACCAACGUCUGCUAUUCCAAAAAGCGCUGCAUGCUAACCAACUAGUCGACUGCUGGAGGAUUGCCCAUCCCCAGGAAAGGGAUUACACAUACUUCUCCCAGGUAGCCCAUAGUUACUCUAGAUCGGAUAUGUUCUUGAUAGGACACAAGCACUUGCACGCAUUAGCCUCCAUGUCCUUGGGUCCGAUCACAUGGUCGGACCAUGCCCCAAUAUUCCUUACAUUGUCUCUAGACGAGAAGAGUGCCGUAAGCAACUCGUGGCGCCUAAACGAAUCACUACUAGAUGAUCCCAGGGUAACUGAAGACUUGACCAACGAACUGCCCAGGUACUUUCACGAAAAUGAAGGUAAAGGCACAGUGGAACCAUGGGUAUGGGAAGCACACAAAGGUAUAACCCGAGGGACCCUGAUUAAGUGGGGAGCUCGCAUAAAACGGUAACGAGCGGCACGAAUCCAAUCCCUAACUGAAGCCAUAUACAUAGCAGAAUCUGCCCACAAGGCUACCCCCACACCCGACGCAUACAAAACACUAACAGCAUUAAGAAUGGAACUGCGAAACCUCCUUACAGCGAAAGCUCAUAGGGCAGCCCAGCUGACUAAGGGGACAUACUAUGCGCACGGCAAUAAAAGUGGGAAAUAUCUAGCUAGGGCCCUAAAGGACAAACACCAAAAGACAUACAUUUCCCACAUAACCACAUAAGUUGGAAUACGCCAAGACGCGACAGAGGACCUUUCAAGACUACUACAGCGACCUCUACAACUUGGGACAACCACUGAACACACAACAUAAUACGGCAGCAUACAUCUCGGCCCACACUCAUAAAAAACUAGACCCACAACAAACAUCCCAAUUAGAAUUACCUAUCCAACCUGAGGAACUCUGAAUAGCAAUACAGACCCUCCCUAAAGGCAAAAGCCCAGGUCCAGACGGCCUUACGGCCAGAUACUAUCAGACUUUCCAACACAUAUUGAUUCCAAGGUACCUAGAAGUCCUCAACACUCUGUUGGUCAAAGAUGUUCUGCCACCACCCAUGCUAAAGGCCUCGAUCACUGUUCUCCCAAAACCGGGUAAAGACCCAAGCAUAUGUGGCAGCUACAGGCCAAUAUCCUUAAUCAACCUAGAUCUAAAGCUUUUUGCUAAAAUUUUGGCCAAUAGGGUUAAACCACUCCUUCCUGACCUGAUUCAUGCAGAUCAGGCGGGAUUCAUCCCGGGGAGAGAGACCCGGGACAACACGACCCGUCUCCUAAACGUCAUGCACGGCGCACUGUCCUCCAAGACAAUGAAAUCAGCCUUUAUAUCCUAUAUAUGGGGAAAUAAAAAAUUGAGAAUAGCGUAUGACACUCUCACAAGGAACAAGAAGGAAGGGGGGCUGGGUCUACCUCAUGUAUAUAAAUACUACAUAGCGACCCUCCUCACUAGAGUGAGAGAGUGGACUGACACCCAACACAAAAAAGCAUGGUAUGACCUGGAGCAAAGUUUGUCCACAGUACCCCUGUCCACACUACCCUGGCAGACAUGCCACCUGCAAAAAAUUGCCAUCAUAUUACACCCACUUCUCUACCACAUCUUAAAGAAAUGGAGACUCCACAAAACCUCAUGGGGACUAUCUCUGGGAAUCUCCCCACUUUAUCGACUAGCACACAAUCCCGAUAUCCUGGGGGGAAGGGGAAGGGGAGCUCCAACACUGAGGAAAAUACUGGGGACAACUGAUCCUCUUAUAGGAGACAUGAUGACAAAUGACACCCCCCCAAUAUCAAAUCUCUACAGGAAUUGGGGGGCCAGAGCUCGCUCACUGAAACGCUAAGAUAUGGGCACAUACGCCACACUCUGCAAAGCACAGUACUACCAAACUGGAACCCGAGAGCUCUCACCCAAUUUGAGCAACUAUGCACCGCCAAAUCAGCGCGCAAAUGCACACUCUCCCAAAUAUAUAAAUUACUGGUUUCCCCCCAAAGAGUCCAAGCGACUCCCCCCUCCCACCGGCGGUGGAUGAAAGGGUUACACAUUCACAUGACUCCCGCCGAUUGGAAAUACAUCCUAACAAGACCUAUGACAGCCUCCAUUAGCCUCUCAAGACGUGAAUCCUUCUACAAGCGCAUCACAAGAUGGUACAGGACCCCAGAUCUCCUACACCAAUUCUGGCCAACACUUAGUGAUAAAUGCUGGAGAUGCGACAGUGGGGUGGGGACAAUGGAACACAUAUGGUGGGAAUGCCCACACAUUAGACAGUACUGGACAGAGGUAAUAGCAAUAAUAAAACCAUCCUAACACUUCCACAUUCACUGACACCCUCCUAAAUCCUGCUGGGCUGGCCACAAACCUUCCAAAACCCGAAAACCCAGCAACUACUGUGGAUGUUAUUAGGGGAAGCAAACAACCUUAUUCCCUUAUACUGGAGAAAAACAGAAACCCCCACUGUGACACAAUGGAUAGAUAGGGUAGAAGCUACGAGAGAAAUGGAGAACAUAUACUGGUCUCCACUAGGCCGACCUGACAAAUACGCCAUCACAUGGGAACCUUGGCUACGAUAUUGGGCAAAAAACGACACUAAUCAUAGCCAACAAUGAUGAACCACCGCAAUACUCAAUGGGAACCACCCUCCCCCCCACCCUUCCACCCCUCUCAGUUACCCCAAGAUGGGGAACCUAAGAGAUAUAGACCUUUCCCCACCCCACACCACCACCCAGUUAGGGCCCCCAAUCCUGAGGUCUCAAUGUUGGGAAGGGGGGACUAAUGCACAGGUCACGUGGUGCCCCAAAACACCUGAAAACCCCAGAGGGGACUCAGGAGUAAACCGUUCGCCUACAAUGACACGUUGAAACCCAAGGGGCACAACUCAUAGUAAGAUCUAGAGAAAGUAGGAGACGAUUGGGCCUCCGCAAAAGUUACGUGACACACCAAAAGAGUAAUGUACCAUCUAUUGUUUCUACAAUAAGCUGUUUCCAACAUGUAACAACCAACCAUGCACCUUUGUUGUAUUAUGCCUAUUGUAUUCUCCCUAAUCUUACUGAACCCCAUUCCCUCAUUUUUCUUCUGUACCCCCUUUCCUAUGACAAAAACCAAUAAAACUGGAAUUAAACAAAAAAAAAAAACAUCAAGUACCACAUUUUCCCUGCCCUUUGUGUUUUUUUUCAGAGGAUCUAUACUGUAAAUAUAUUUUUUUGUUUGUAAAUUAGAGAGCAACAUCUACAUUUUCAGUGGUCCAACACAUGCUUCAUUUUGUGCUGUAAGCUAACUUUCCCUUGCUACAUGUACUCUAAAUGAUCCAGUGCAUCACUUGCUGAAUAUGCUUUAUGAUUCUGUGUAGAUUAGUUUUUAAGGAAAUACUCCUUAUUAUGACUAAUAUGUCUCACAUUAUAUGUGUUCUUUUAAAUUCUGAAAAUCUACAAAUUGUUGUACAGGGAUGCUGAGAUUUUAUUCCUUGUGACCACAACUGUAGACUACAUAUGUGUUGGCUUUGAGGUUUGGUCAGGUAUGUAGUCUGGAUCAAAAUAUCAUGGACAAAGGUUGAUUCUACGUUUCUCUAUUGCUCUUAAACACUCAAAUGGAUCAGUCCAUUCAAAGGUUUGCCAUGCCUUACAUGGUCUAGCAUAAUAAUGUUGAGUCUCUGUGAGUUCUGAGAGAUUCGGGUAACACCAUGUAUGUGUAAUCUGGUCCAGAUAUUUGCUUAAUUUCUAUAACAUUUAGGAUGAUGUAGCAUCAUCUCAGAGAUAAAUUUUAUUGACAAGGUACAGAUCUCGCAAUAAGUUAAUGCAAGUUUCACACGAAUAUGUAAGACGAGAGUGCGCUAUAUAAAGGGAUCCCUUCUUUAUAAACAACACUAUGGUAGAUUAUGGUAACGGCCCUGCUUAUCUGAGCCGUUUUCCAUUCAUGUGACCCCAGCUACUGCUGCUUAAAUUAACUCAACUAUUACACCUCUUUUCCUUGGUGUGCCCUCUUUAUACAGGCCUACCCGUAUGUUGGAAUCGACACAGCACUACCAACUUUCCAUUCCUUCUACUGUUACGUAACCCAUUAAGUUGCCACCACAAAUAUUUAUAUGUAUUAAUGCCAGUUGGCCUGUAAUUGUGGGAGGGGCUUAUAUGUUACUUACACCUUACCUUACUCCAUACCGUCCGAGGUUCUAAAACCAUGUGUACCAAUGAACUGUACUCUAAUCCCUACUUAACGUCUGUCAACAUUAAUACAUUGUCAGCUUUACUAUCAACACACCCUUCUAGAUAUCUGGUGGAUUUCCUAAUCUCAGGAUUUUCUGAGGGAUUCCAUACAGGAAUUAUACACAUGCCUUCAGGGAAUCUAGAAUGCCAAAACUUGCAGUCAGCACAGCAGAAUCCCACGGCUGUGAACAACCUCAUAGCACAAGAAAUUGCUGAGGGUUUCUUAUUAGAGCCUUUCCAAUCCCCACCAUUUACUGCAUGGAGGACAAACCCCAUCAGUGUUGUCACAGGGAAAACCUCCCUUAAACAAAGACUGAUCAUUGACUUAUCAGCACACCACACCUCUGCAAUUCCGAGUCUCAACUCACUGAUUCCCUCUGAGGAAUUUCCCUACAAUACGCCACCAUUGACCAUGCCAUUACAGCUAUCAUUAAAGCAGGGGUAGGAGCUUGGUUAAGAAAAACUGAUAUAGUUAACACGUUUAAACGCCUACCAAUUUAUCCCACACUUUGACACCUACAUGGCAUUAAAUGGGAAGGCAGCAACUAUUUUUUUUUUCACGCUUAACCUUUGUGUCAAAGAGAAGCCCUAAAAUCUUUGAAAUUUUUGCAGAGACUCUGUGCUGGUUGUUAUUAAACAUAUCCAGAUGCCCCACAGUCAUCCAUUAUUUAGAUGACUUCUUUAUGGUCGAAGAAAACACCUUUCCCACAAGAAGCCUCAGGGAAGCCAUUAGACUUUUUGAUUGCUUGGGGAUUCCAGUAUCCCCUAAGAAAACAGAAGGCCCGGACACUAUCAUCAACUUCCUAGGCAUCCAACUAGAGUCUAUUUCCAUGCAAGCAAGCUUACCACAGGACAAGACUCUCAUCAAUCACAGGACUCUCAUCAAUCACUAUCUUCUUCUAGGUUCAUGCAAUCGUAAAGAGUUACAUUCCCUAUUAGGUUCCUUAAAUUUUAUCAUGUGCAUUAUUGCACAAGGCCAUGCUUUGAUCUACAGAUUGCUGUCUCUUCCCAUACUUUUUUAAUGAUGAUAAUCGACUGACCCUGGAUGCCCAAGACACAGCAGACCUACUUAUGUGGCAGAAUUUCUUAACCACAUGGGUUCCUCCCAGGGUUAUCUGAGAAUUCACCAACCAUAUGGUCAGACGUGGCAUCUACCACGGGUUUUGCAGCAAUCCAUGGGAAUGAAUGGCUUUGGGCUAGCUGGCCUGCGGAAGUCAAGAAUUUGGAAGGUUUUUCUACUACCUCAACACUUUUUGAGAUUUACCCCAUUGUGGCGGCUGCGGUGGCUUGGGGUCAUUUAUGGUCUGGGUUGUUAGUUUGUUGUUACUGAGACAACCAGGCCACAUGCCAGAUUAUUAACAAAGGCCGCUCAUCAUCUUUAAUAAUUAUGAGAUUUCUCAGGAAACUAACCUGGUUAGCGGCAUGUCACCAAUUUUUCUUAGUAUGUUUUCAUGUACCAGGUGUUUGUACUAUUGCAGCAGACAAUUUAUCUCGGUUUAAAUUCCAGGCAUUUCACCAAGUUGUACCCACAGCCGCUCAAGCAGCCACAGCCGCCCCCUCGUUUCAGAAUCUAAUCAUGGAUUAGAUAUCCUUUUGCAACAUAGCCUGGAACUAUCACAACUGGCACUCUCGGCCAACACUCGCAAAACAUGUAAUAGAGCUUUUUCUGUUAUUUAAAAGAUUCCUUUUGGAACACAACAUCUCUCAUUGUGACAGAUCUCUCUGUCUUGAACUUAGAGACUUAUUCUUCAAUCGUUAUUUUAAUUCGUUUUUUCUCGUUCGUGUGGACUCCAUACCGUUCCCUUUUCAACUACCAAAUAAAACUCCUGAACGGCCGGCCACCCAGUCCAAGACAAACUACUGGACUCAGUGGGACCACUUUCCAGGAUCAUGUACCUGGCAGAUGAUACUCUCACGAAAGCAGACCAAUUCGACGCGACCAUGGUUCGCGAAUGGGCUCACGAUGUACGGGAGUGGGCACAAAGAUGCUUAUGCUUUGUGGGUAACACCAAUGCCGCCCUCUGAUCCGAGCGGCGCAAAGCAGCUUUACUCCGCAUUGACGGAAAGUUGAUGGAAUUGGGCACCAAAGAACUGGGUCCGCUGGCACAGGGCAAACUGUUUGGAGACCCAUCCUCAAAGACUUAAAUAAACAUGUAAAUAUAUUUACUUCUCUGAAUAAAGCUCAAUCUUCCAUGAGGAGAGUGUUUAGACAUAACCCCGCCAGGGGUGAUUUGGAAGGGCUGGCCGCCAAAGGGGCCGUGCUGCCAGCCGAUUCUGGCCUUCAGGCCCCCGCAAUGCAAGGCCCCGACCUUUCUACUCCGAAGUGGGAUACCGUCAACAGUUCUCAUACACCAGAGGAGCAGACAGAGGACGUGGACCACGUACCCGAGGCAGAGCACAUCUUUCCACAGGUAAGCAAUCACCUAAUACAGUGCCUUCCCCUUUUGUAUUGCAGGUCGCAUCUCCCUUUUCUUUCAGGAAUGGCAAACCAUCUCCACGGACAGCUGGAUCCGGCAAACAGUGCAGGGCUACAUCAUCGACUUCACGGUCCGUCCGUGACAAACGGUCGAUCCGUACCCCAUCAAAUGCUCAACAGAGGACACCGAUCUCAUUCACAAAGAACUACGAGCGAAAGGCACAAUCGAACCCGCCUCCGGACCACACGGUUUCUUCAGCAACAUAUUCCUGGUGAAGAAGAAAACAGGGAACUUUCGCCCUGUCAAAAACUCAAAAAAACUCAACGAAUACGUUACAUACAGGCACUUCAAGAUGGAAGGCAUACACUUCCUGAGAGACCUAUUACAAGACAGAGAUUGGUUCACAAGACUGGACCUGAAGGACACAUACUUUUCAGUACCCGUCCACCACUCCUGUCGACAAUUCCUGCGUUUCCACUGGCAGGGCCGCCCCUGGCAAUUCACGUGCCUCUACUUCGGCCUCAGCUCAGCCCCAUGGUGCUUCACCAAAUUACUGAAGCCCGUGGUCGCUCACCUUCGAGCACAGGGAAUUCGGUGCAUUAUAUACCUGGACGACCUCCUGCUGUUCUGCUCCGAAAAGUCCAGACUGAUACAGCACACAAGCUAUGCCACGGACCUCCUAUCAUCCCUGGGAUUUGUAGUGAACUUUAACAAAUCAGCCAUGACACCAUGUCAAACAGUACAGGAUUCGAGAUAGAUUCCACCACAAGCACCCUACGGCUACCGGCGUCAAAGAUCCCGAACAUUCGCAAAGAACUGCUCAAGACCAUUCGCGCCCACACCAUUCCACUCAGCGCCCUCGCUCGAAUAGUGGGACUCCUCUCAGCUUCUAUACAAGCUAUCUUCCCGGGCCCACUUCACUACAGAGCAAUGCAACGCCUCAAAGUGUCAUUCCUCAGACAAAACCCAUCUUACGACCAACCGAUCCCAGUAACGGAGGAGGUCAGAGACGAACUCAGCUGGUGGCUACAAAGCAUGGAAUGGUCGGGCCAUCUUUGGGAGCACACCCAACAUAGCCCUGGAAUCGGACGCCAGCCUCUGGGGGUGUGGCGCCACAAGCAGCGGUACAUCAACAGGCAGUGCCUGGAACUCCCAGGACCUCAACAUGCAUAUAAACUGCCUGGAACUCCUGGCGGGAUCUUUUGCCAUUCGCAGCCUCGCAAAAGAAAAGACGGACUGCUGCAUCCUUUUACGGAUGGACAACAUCUCAGCGGUCCGCUACAUCAACCGCCUGGGCGGGACAUGAUCCCGGAUCCUGUCAGAAAUAACGAAGGAGAUUUUCGACUUCUGCUUACCCCGCAACAUCUCCCUCAAAGCGGAAUAUCUCCCGGGGGAAACGAACCUCACGGCGGACUGGUUUUCACGCCACUGGAGGGACACCAGCGAUUGGAAACUGGAUCCCUAAAAUCUUCCAAAGUCUAAAACCGCAUCGAGGUCCAUUUCACCUAGAUCUGUUCGCGUCUCGCAACAACAGGCAAACACAGACAUAUUUCAGUUGGUUCCCGGACCUGGAGAGCAAAGCAAUGGAUGCAUUCCUUCAACCAUGGCCGACCACGGGGGCAUACGCCUUUCCCCCAUUCGCCAUGAUAGCAAGGACCAUACACUACCUGAGACGACAACAAAAAUCCCUUCUACUCAUCACACCCCUAUGGACAGGACAACCAUGGUUUCCAGACCUCUUAGCCCUAUCUUGCCGGGAUCCCCUCCUGCUACCUUCACACCAAUAUACCCUCAGGGAUCCGAAAGGGAGCCCCCACCCAUUGAUCCUGGCCAACCGACUCAAUCUGGUGGCUUGGACUCUUUCCGGGGUGCCUAGCAAGUUGGCGAACUAUCGCAGGCUGCUAAGGACCUCCUAUGUUACUCAUGGGCUCCAGGAACCAGAAGAUCCUACCUGUCGCUUGGAGUUCCUGGUCCGAUUGGUGCAUGGAACGGAACCUUGAUCCAUUUACGACCUCUAUUCCUUCCAUUUUAAACUAUCUAACCCAUCUGUUCUCAACAGGACGAUCAUACAGGUCAAUUAAUGUGGUCCGUUCCGCUAUCUCAGCGGCCCACGUCCCUAUUAUAGGGAUCCAAGUGGGUAAAGACCCGCUGAUAUGUCGACUUUUCAGGGGCAUUCGCCUGCAGCGACAUUCCAAAUAUCUUGUCGCACGAAAUCGGAUUCUUCAACAGUUUUCUACCCCUUCUUCAUCUCCGAUCCACAACUCUGCAUCGUACCCACGCUACGACGCUAUGUAGAGGUUACACUUCCGAUUCGGACACCACCUUCUGGACAACUCCUUGUGUCAUAUGUUCGACCACACGUUCCAAUCACUACCACCACACUCGCCAGAUGGGUUCGCUGGAUACUUUCACUCGCAGGCGUGGGUGCUUCCUUCGGGGCCCACUCGGUACGAGGAGCAGCAGCUUCCUCAGCUUUCGCAGCGGGUGCCUCAUUAUCGGACAUCCUACGUUCUGCGGACUGGUCGAGAGAAUCCACGUUUCGCACUUUUUACUUUCGUCCGAACUCUAACGCGGUCAUGUCACUCUUACUACAGUGUUAAAAAUGCAAAAUAGGAAGCCUCCUGUCAUGUGAUAAAAUUGAAGAUUAUGCUCAGUGUACCUAUAAUCUUAAUUUUAAUAAUGACAGGAGGCGAGUAUUUUCCCUCCCUUUCCCACCUGUUGAAGAUAGAACCGUUCGUACUAUAGAUUCUAGUGUUUUCUCUCUCAUCCUUCUCUCGAAUCUGUCUCUAAACUACUACCUUCAUCGGUCAGGGACAGUAACUGUUAUCAAUUGAUUCUGUGAUUUACGCAUAUGUUGCUAUUAUCAUUGCUGGGUCACGGUUAUGGUAACAACCAGUAAGAGGCCAGAGUCUAACCCAUUUCACAUUCACAUUUCAGUUUAACUUCAUCAUCUUCUGGAGUUUUGGGAGCUACUUUGGCAAACUACCCAGAUGACUACUCUCCAUGAGGACCGCCUAAUGUUGGACACUCACCCGUUGGUGUUGGUUACAGUUGAUCAUUAUACUACUGGUCAUUCACCGUUGUACCUUCCAGAUGUCUUUGGAUUAGCUUCUCUAUGUUACGAUAUUUAACUUUUUUUCUCUGUUAUGAUGUCGCUUCUGAAAGAGGAGGAGGGCCUAUUUUGUGGGAAUACCUUAUUCCCUAUUGCAUUUUUGAUUGGUUAAACGUUUACUUUCUUUACUACUGAGUUUAGUAAAGAGAGAUAUGCAAAAUACUCGCCUUCUGUCAUUAUUAAGAUUAUAGGUACACUGACGCUAGCAUAAUCUUCAAUAGUAUUAAAACUUUGAUUGACCAUAUAUUGCCCUCUUUUAUUUACAAGCCUACUGCAUCGUCGGUUCCGGCACACCACGACUGACUUGCUCUUUUAUACUAUUCAUACUCUUAUACUUAGCCUUACUCCUUAUAUGGCUUUGUGCCCCUAACACAAGUAUUAAGGCCGGCUGGCCUGUAAUUGUGGGAGGAGCUUAUAUGUCACUUACCUACUUAAGGUAAGGUUACCUUACUCCAUACCGUCCGAGGUCUAAUGAUUUGCAUGACCCUCCCUCCACUCAACAUUUCCAUCUUUCUCUUUUUCUCUUUCUUUUCCUUUUCUUUUCUUUUACUGCUUGGUGGGCCCUCUUAUAUGUACAGGCCUACCGCAUCAUUGGUUCCAGCACACCACAACCAACUUGCUCUUUUAUACUAUUCUACGCUUAUACUCAGCCUUACUCCUUAGUUACAUAGUUACAUAGCUGAAAAGAGACUUGCGUCCAUCAAGUUCAGCCUACCUCACAUUUGUUUUUUGCUGUUGAUCCAAAAGAACUAAAAAAAAACCCAGUUUGAAAUACAAUUUUGCAACAAGCUAGGAAAAAAAUUCCUUCUUGACCCCAGAAUGGCAGUCAGAUUUAUCCUUGGAUCAAGCAGUUAUUACCCUACAUUGAAAGAUUGUAUCCUUGAAUAUUCUGUUCUUGCAAGUAUGCAUCUAGUAGCCGUUUGAACAUCUGUAUGGACUCUGAUAAAACCACUUCUUCAGGCAGAGAAUUCCACAUCCUGAUUGUUCUUACAGUAAAAAAAUCUUUCCUUUGCCUUAGACGAAAUCUUCUUUCUUCCAGUCUAAACGCAUGGCCUCGUGUCCUAUGUAAAGUCCGGUUUGUGAAUAGAUUUCCACACAAUGGUUUGUAUUGGCCCCGAAUAUAUUUGUAUAAUGUUAUCAUAUCCCCUCUCAGGCGACGUUUUUCUAAACUAAAUAGGUUUAAAUUUGUUAACCUUUCUUCAUAGCCAAUAUGUUCCAUUCCUUUUAUUAAUUUUGUAACCCGCCUCUGCACUUUUUCUAGUGCCAUAAUAUCCUUCUUUAGAACAGGUGCCCAAAAUUGCACAGCAUAGUCAAUAUGGGGUCUUACCAGUGAUUUAUAAAGAGGCAAAAUUAUGUUCUUGUCCCGAGAAUGAAUGCCCCUUUUCAUGCAUGACAAUACCUUACUGGCCUUGGCCACUGCUGAUUGACAUUGCACAUUGUUGCAUAGUUUGUUGUCUAUAACAAUUCCCAAGUCCUUUUCAUGUGUUGUUAUUCCUAAUUCGCUUCCAUUAAGGGUAUACGUUGCUUGUGUAUUCUUUACGCCGAAGUGCAUAACUUUGCAUUUUUCAACAUAAAUUUAAUCUGCCAUUUGAGUGCCCAGUCCCCCAGUCUGUCUAAAUCCCUCUGCAGCAAAGUAAUAUCUUGCUCACAUUGUAUUGUUUUACAAAGUUUGGUGUCAUCUGCAAACACUGAAACAUGACUUUCAAUGCGGUCUUCAAGAUCAUUUAUAAACAUGUUAAAUAGAAGGGGUCCCAGAACAGACCCCUGAGGGACACCACUUGCCACCUCUGUCCAGCUUGAAAAUUUACCAUUAAAGGACCACUAUAAUGCCAGGAAAACAUACUCGUUUUCCUGGCACUAUAGUGCCCUGAGGGUGCCCCCACCCUCAGGGUCCCACUCCCGCCGGCUCUGGAAAGGGGAAAGGGGUAAAACUUACCUUUUUCCAGUGCUGGGCGGAGAGCUCUCCUCCUUCUCUCCUCCUCCGUUCCGCCCGUCGGCUGAAUGCGCACGCGCGGCAAGAGCUGCGCAUUCAACGGUCACAUAGGAAAGCAUUCUCAAUGCUUUCCUAUGGACGCUGGCAUGCUCUCACUGUGAAAAUCACAGUGAGAAGCACGCAAGCGCCUCUAGUGGCUGUCAAUGAGACAGCCACUAGAGGAUUAGGGGGAAGGGUUAACCCAUUAAUAAACAUAGCAGUUUCUCUGAAACUGCUAUGUUUAUUAAAAAAUGGGUUAACCCUAGCUGGACCUGGCACACAGACCACUUCAUUAAGCUGAAGUGGUCUGGGUGCCAGAGUGGUCCUUUAAUGACAACUCUUUGUACUCUGUUUUUAAGCCAAUAUUCUACCCAAGAACAAGCAUUUUCAUCUAAACCGAUUUCCUUGAGUUUGAACACUAAUCUAUUGUGUGGAACUGUAUCAAACGCCUUGGCAAAAUCCAAAUAGAUCACAUCCACGGCAACACCCCGAUCUAUACUUCUACUUACUUCUUCGUAGAACCCAAUCAAGUUAGUUUGACAUGACCUGUGCUUCAUAAAACCGUGCUGAUUUUUGCUGAUAACCAUGUUCUUCUCAAGGAAUUUUUGAAUAUUAUCCCUUAAUAACCUUUCAAAUAUUUUACCAGCCACAGAAAUUAAGCUCACGGGUCUAUAAUUUCCAGGCAAGGAUUUUGAACCCUUUUUGAAUAUAGGAACCACAUCUGCCUUCCUCCAAUCCUCCGGAACACUUCCUGAAAGAAAAGAAUCUUGAAAGAUUAAAAACAGAGGUUCAAUUAUUUCUACACUUAGUUCCUUAAGUACACGUGGAUGGAUACCGUCAGGCCCUGGAGCUUUGUUUAUAUUAACUUUCUUUAGUUGCUGCAGGACCUUGUCUUGAGUUAACCAAUUACAAUUAUUCUGCAAGUUUUUAGUAGCAAUCAUUUGCACAUUUAUUGCCAUGGGUUCUUCCUUAAUAUAUACGGAGGAGAAAUAGUUAUUUAAAAUUCCUGCCUUUUCCUGGUCUUCAUUAACUAACACCCCCAUUUCAGUUUUUAGUGUACCUAUACUUUCAUUUUGUUUGUUUUUUAGAAUUUAUGUACUUAAAAAAUGCUUUGGGGUUGGUUUUGCUCUCUUUAGCUAUCAUUAUUUCAUUUUGAAGUUUAGCAAGUCUAAUUGCCUUUUUGCAAGCAUUAUUUGCAUCCUUAUAUCUUUUAUAAGAUGCAUCUGAUUUGUCCGAUUUAAAUGCUUUAAAUGCCCUUUUCUUAGUUGUAAUCUCUUGUUUUACUUCUCUACUAAGCCACAUUGGUUUUAAUUUAUUUCUUUUAUAUUUAUUUCCCAACGGUACAUACUGAGAAAUUUACCUUUUUAAUAUUUGUUGUAAGAUGAUCCAUUUAUCCUCAGUGUUCUUUUCACUAAAGAGUUUAUGCCAGUCAAUAUAUUGUAAAGCUUCCCUUAACUUAUUGAAAUUGGCCUUUUUAAAAUUAUAUGUUUUAGUAUUCCCCAUGUGCUUUUGUUUUUUUGAUUUUAUUUCAAAGGACACUAUAUUGUGAUCACUAUUUCCCAAGUGCUCACCUACUUGUAUGUUGGUCAAAAGAUCAAUGUUGUUUGUUAAAACCAGGUCCAGACAACAAGCAUCCAUUCUAGUUGGUGCUUGUACAAGUUGUGACAUGAAGGUGUCGUUUAACAAGUUUAAAAACCUAAUUCCCUUUGCUGAGGUACUAGUCCCUCUGUCCCAAUUUAUGUCCGGGUAAUUAAAAUCUCCAAUAAUUAAAGUGUUACCCAGAUUUGCAGCUUUCUCAAUUUGCUCAAACAGCUGUUGUUCCUUGUCAAUAUUAACAUUAGGUGGUUUAUAACAUAUCCCAACCAAUAGUUGGUUUCCCUUCUUUUCCCCCAAGCUGAUAUUUACCCAUAAAGCUUCCACAUUAUCCUCCUCGCAUUACAUUUGGUUAACAUUUGGCUUUAAAUCAUGGUUGACAUACAAACAUACCCCACCACCCUUCUUGUUUUUCUUAUCCUUCCUAAAUAACAUGUACCCAUUUAAGUUAGCUGCCCAGUCAUGUGUCUCAUCUCCUUAUACGGCUUUGUGCCCUUAACACAAAUAUAUAUUCCUCCUGCUCUCUUGCACUGCAUCAUAUGCAUUGUGGUUGCUAUGGUUAUUCCUUUAGCCGGCAUUUCUUGUGCUGGCUAGAAUAAUAUAGUAACGGUGUGACACUGUCAUGCUGACAAUGAAACCAGCAUGUAGACCUCAGACAGUAUGCAGGCUGCUUUGGAAGUGUUUUUUUUUUUUUUUUCAAUAGAAUAAAUGCAAUGAAACUGAAGACAUCAGGAGGUGAGAUGAGUUAGUAUUUUAAAAUAUUCAACUGCAUAUAUAAAUUAUCUCUAAAUUACAAAAUCUUGGGGGCAUUUCUGUUAAAGUGUACCUUUAAUGACAUGUUCAUUUAAAGUGAGCGUGGAAACAAAGAACAAGAAUUUUCAUCUAAACAAACUGCUUUUAUUUUUUACUGUAAGCUUUUGUGCUCAACCAACAAAUUUUCUUCAUAUAGAGAGGUGAGAGUUCUAUUAAUUAUUUCUAUGGUAAGAGUAGUUUAUUUCUGUCCAAGUUUGUUAAAGUUUUAAGGCUUUUCGUUGAGAAUAUGCAGAUUGUACAGUUUAAAACAGUCAAUAUAGAUAUUAUUAAUAACUAGUUCAAAAAGAAAUGUGAUUACUUAUUCUGAAUCAAGAAUAUCUUUGUUGGCAUUUACUAAACAAUGAAAUGUGGUAAAGCGAAAAUGUGCAAGUUUUAGAUUUAAAAAAAAAGAAAACAUAUUUGAGUUUUACAACUCAGAUUCACAAUUAAGAUAUUUUGGCCUGAAUUUUGUUACAUAGUAAUAUAGGUUGAAAAGAAAGACUCCAGUCCAUCAAGAUUAACCUUUAAAACCCAUCUUGCUAUACUUUUGAGUAUACUUUUGAGAAUAAAAGAAUCCCAAAAAUUCAAGUUGAAGAAAUGUGAUUUAGUUUUUAAUCCACAUGUUUACCAAUUUUGUCUUCAGUUUAAUAUUCAGCAUAAUUUAUGUCUUCAGCUUGUUUUUGUUUAAUGAAUUUAUGUAUUUUCUUCACAUAUUUUCUAGGUAAUUCCUCAUGGAAAUGUAAAAAUUUCACUGACUUAUAAAUUUAUGAUACAUGAAGAUUAUUUAAAUGUUCGUAACAACAAUGUUCUGGAAAUCGAAUAUGAAUGGGCUUUGAAAAAGUGGUCUCAUUGUUCAAAGCCGUGUGGAGGAGGUAAUCAAGCAGUAAAAAAAAAUAUGUUUAUUUAAAAAAAAUAUGAAUGUUAAAGAAAUGGGAUAAUUGUUUCAUAUCAACUAAGUUGUUACCUUAAUAUGUAUAGAAAGUUUACGAAAUUAAAGGUACACUACAGGCACUAAAACAAUAUUGGCUUAAUAAAACAGUUUUGGUGUAUAGGUCAUGCCCCUGCAGUCUUACUGCUCAAUUCUCUGCCAUUUAGGAGUUAAAUUAUUUUAUUUAUAAAGCCCUAGUUACAACUCUCUGCAUGUGACUUCCUAAACACUUCAAAGAAAGUUUUGUGUAAUAUGUGGAGUGCUGUUUUAGAAAAAGCAGUAGAAAACAAAUAUAUUUAUACUGUCCACAUCUGUGUCUUUUUCUUUAAAUUUUAUCUCCUUUAUAAUUGCUGUACCUUCUUCCACAGUGCUCAUCCUCAUCUGUUAUAUGGUAUUGAUGCCUAAUUUAUCAUUUUAUGAUUAUAUGUUGAUUAUAUAUUUUGUAAUCUAUUUUCCCUGGUUAAAGGAGGUUACCAGUAACUUUUUUUAAUACUAUAGAGAAUAUGCAGAGCAACUGUUCUUCUUCGUAUUAAUCUAACAAUUCUUUUAUUUUUAAUCUGUUUUAUUAAGGAAUAAAGAGCUAACACAGAAGCAAAAGCAUUAGUUUUAAAAAAAGGAAGUAAAAAUAGUAUAAUACAAUAUGGAAAGAGAAAAUAGAAGAUCUAGACAGAUAAAUAGGGCUAACGGUGUCAUUAUAAAAUCUCAACUAAUUAUUCAUAUAACAAACUGUUCAACAAAUGGAAAAUAAAAAGCGACAUGAAAAUCAGACAGUCAAAAAUUUUCAGUGAAGACCAUUAAAAAUGAACUGGGUCAGGAGCGUGAUGCACGCUCUAUGAGGAGGGGUGUAAUGGAGGAGGCGGAGUGGAAUUAUCCUGGUGUAGUGAGCGAUUGGACAAGCUCGGCAAGAUAGCAAGCAGGAGAUAGAACGCCAAAGUGAUGCUAUUAACUGUGUGUGGUGUUUGCAAGGAAGGGGCUGAAGGAAGUAACGGUGGUACCAGAUAAUAUAAUAUUUGAAGCCCCCACUUGUACUUUGACUGACGAGUAACACCAGGGAGGACCUGAGGUCUGAAUGAGACAACUGUCCCUAAAAUUGAGGGACGAGGCAUGCAGUUAACUGUAAGUUGAUAUUUAGACAUAAAGGUUCCUAAAGAUUAAAGAACUGAGAUAUCUGAGAGCUUGCUCAACUUGCUGCCUAAACAAAUUUAAUUUAGUCUCAAAUAAUUGAUAUAAAAAUUGGUCCAGAGUUUAACUACUCAAGAAGAAAAAAAAAAUUGUUACUCUUUCUCACUGAUUAUUAUCUGUACAUUUGCUGUUUCUUAAGGCUCUGGACAGGCUGCCUAAAGCAAUGUUCUGUUUAAAACCUAAGUGAGGAUUCUACCUUUGGAACCCUACUAGCAAAAGCAGGUGAAUCGUAAUUUUAUGUAUGGACUUGAUUAAAACCCGAAGCAUUGGCAAAGCUCUGAACAACAAUGGCUAAUAAAACAAAUACAAGAAUAUGAAGUUUCAACUGAAAAAGAUAAAAAGGAACAAAAACAAGAUAAAAGUAUUUCAACAAGGGUGCAGAUGGUCGCAUCUCUAGCGAGCUCCUCCCUUAGCUUUAUCAAACCCUCUUUGAUCUUUAUGGCUUGAACAGAGAUAUUCCCCGGUGAGAUCUCUACUCACUGAACUACAUGGCACACUGGGAGAAAGUCUGUUGGCUCACUGGGGGCUCACACUCCACUGAACACAUUCGGUCAGCAGCAUGCUGAGCGGGAGAAGUGGCUGCUCUCCCGAUUUUGUAACUAAACAGACACAGCCAACGUGGAGCACAUGCCCUGUUAUCCCCCUCCCUCCUUGGACCAGUGGGAGUGAUCUGGGUCCACCCCAGGAGAGCGCCCAGAUCCUGUUGAGGUGUGGAGAGGCAAUCUACACACAGAUGGAGUCCACCGUGAUGCACCAAACAUGGCAGAAGCCACUUGCAUGCCUAUCUCUAACAAUGAACGCCUACUCUCAGCAUUAAGCUGGACAGGCUCUUUGCUGAUUUCUGGCAGAAACUGGAAGGUCGGACGCGCCAAAAUGCUGAGCUACAGAAUACCGGCCUCCCACAACUAAAGCCAGCAUGUCUUAUGCAGCGGCAGUCAUCAAGACCCCCGAUGCAAAGGACAGAGAAAUGGUGGCAAAGCAGGCAGAGAAGACCACCCAAGCGCACAGCACCUCAGUGACAUGCACCAUGGCACACCACAUUUGGGACCCAAGGAAAGCCAGAAGUAUUCUCUGAUGCUCAGUCACAGGAUAUGAAAUGUUCCACCAACUCCCAUACUGGAUUGAAUGCUUGAAGAAUCCCCUACGGUGCUGGUCAGUGCUCUACCCCUGGAUGGCAUCAGAUGAAUGGGGACUGGACAAUCUCUAUCCUUAAAAAAUACAACAUAAAAUUUAGAUGGGGCUUCCCACUCAAGAUGAUGAUUACUUAUGAGGGCCAUGUUGAGUCAUUUGAAACAAAUGCAAAGGUGAAAGAAAGGCCAAACAUUUUAAAUUUAGUUUGAAAACAAAUGAGUCAGAAAAAUAGGGAUGAGAGAGGGGAGGAGGGGGAGGGAUGUGAGGAGUUUUGGGGAGGGAGGAAGAUUAAGGAAAGUAAAAGAAAAUGAAAAAUUAAAGGAAGCACAUUUUUUUUUUGUCAAUUUGACACCAUCUAUUACUUACACUUUAAAGGUGAUGGGAAAAGGAAAAUAUUGUAAAAGUAAUUAAUGAAGGAAUACACAGUUUAAAAUAAAUCAGAAAAAUCUUCUCUUAUGAUCACCAUAGUAAUUUAAUUUAUAAAAAUAUUUAAAGUAAGAGAAGUCAAAAAGAAUAAUCACUUAUAGUAUUUUUAUGUUAUUUUUACGUAUAUUUUAUUUCUUUCACAAAAUUCUUGGUAUACAUCACACUGUUUAAAGAGUAGACACAGUAAAAAGUCAUAAAGUAAAUAAAAAGAAUGAGGGACACUUCUGCCUUAGUCUGACAAAUUAAGUAAAUUGUUUAAAUUUCACGCAAAUUUAGAUUUGUUAUAUUUGACACUAAAUUCAUAAUUGGUUUAAAGUAAAGGGGGAAAGAAAAGAAAGCAUAAGAAAUUAAUUAAGAGAGAUACUGUUCAAAACAAAUAAGAAAAUCUUCUUUCAUGAUCAUUAUGGUAGUUCAAAUGAUAAGAAUAUCUAAAGUAAGAGAAGUCGAAUAAAAUAAUUAUUUACAGACUUUUUUUUUUCCUCUCUCUCCCUCUCCCCGAUGGAUAUCACCCCAAAUUUUCCUUCUUUUUUGCUUGUUUUAUCCAAGGUUAGAUAAUAAUUCUAAAAUUUCAUAAUUAUAUCCACUUCCACCAGUUCACCCCACUUUGUGUGGUUUUACUACACAGUUUCCGAGUAGCUCUAUGAGCUAUAGGGAAAAUUAUGGAACAAAGUUCCUAAAAUAGUAUGUGUUAUAUGUGAAUGGAGAUCAAGACGCUAGAUCUUCAUUGUCCAUUAGAUGAUGUUAUAUUUGUUUUUUUGUUAUUAGACCAGGAGCUCAAGUAUUUGGAAAAAAAAAUAUCUUAUUAUAUGUUUAGAUGAAUGUCAAUAAAUGCACAGGGUUUAAAUACUCUUGCAAUAAGAUGCAUGAUAUGUAACUAAUUUAACAUUAAAAAAAUAAUCAAUUAGGUUUCUUACAAGAAACUCACUGGAAACAAACAGAACCCCAAAAAUGGGAAGGAAAAAAAGUUUCCAAGUUUCCAACUAAGCAUCAUUAGAAAAAAAUAAGAAAAGAGGAGUAGCAAUUUCUCACGUGAACAAAAAGUAGGCUAAUGUAUCAAGAUGUCGAUCAAGAAUCUAGGCAUCUGUCGAUCGCGCCCUGCAAUUUUGCUCAGAGCACUCUGAUUGGUUGGUUUAAGCCAAUCAAUAAGAGUGCUCUGAUAGGUCAUUCUUGAGCUUUGAAAGUAACCAAUUAGGUAGGUUUUUUUUUGCGCUCUAUUUUUUAAAAUGUAUUUUACAAUUAUGGAUUUUAAUUUGGCCUUUUUUGGGGCUGAAAAAAGGUUUAAGAAAAAAGAAGACAACUAAUGGUAAGUUUGAUUUAUUUAUUUUUAUUUACAGGUAUUUUGCUUUUUAUUCCCCCCUCACUAGUUUUAGAGUGAGGAGGGUAGGAAGGAAUACUAAGUAACCGUGGGAAUUAGGGAGCUAUCUACUUGGUGGUACGAAUAGGAUCAGUUUCAUUCAUUCAACAAAAGCCCUGAAUUUCAUCCUAAGAAGCUGUUCUCAUUCUGUUAGGAUGAAAUUUAGUAGUUUCGCCGGCUUUCAAACACCGAAUGAAGCAGCAGGAGGAAGCUGAGAAUUGUGGGAAAAUUGCUUUGACCACAGGAAACAGACCGUACUUUGCUCCUCCCCUGGAUUAAUGCUGGGAAAGUGUAGGAAAAAUACAUUAGAUAAAAUAGUCCCUACUUUGUCUUAUGUUUUAAAGAAAACUAGAGCAGAUAGGAAGAAAUGAACAGAUCCUGAAAGAGGGAGAAAAGAGGACUCGAUUGAGGAAAGGUAAGUACGGCAUGACAGUGCCGCUUUAAGAAACAAAAAAAACAUGGUUGGAAAAAAUAUAUUCAUAAAAUAAACAAAUUCACUGAAAUUUCCUGUGCAAUACUACACAAGUUUUAAAGUCUUAGUUAUAUAAAAAAAGCUAAAAUCAUAUUAAAAAGAUGCUCCUGGUCUGAAUGGUCCUAAUUGUUUGUAAUGUCAAUAUGUCUAAUCAUGAUAUUCUAAUUUGUGCUCUUUGAUCUCUAUAUAAUAGGAUGUUUAAUUGAAUAAGCCAAAUAUGAACCAAUGAAUGUACUAUUUUAUGUACUAAAACAUUUUGUUUAUGAGCAAAAAUUUAUUUAAAAAGUUUGAGCUAAAUGAGCAGAGAUAGCAUCUUUUCUGCAGCCUGGUCCACCUUCGCUGAUAUCCAAUCAAAUGUAGACUUUGUGCGUGUGAGGCAAUCGCCACAAUGCUGCAGUGAAAUACUUCUCAUAGAAGAAAUUAAUCCAGUGCUUCUCUAUAAGAGACAUUGAUGCAUUGUUUCACACCCUCAUUCAAUGCAUGAGGAUGUUGAACUUCAAUAAGAGAAUCCUACUUGGUUCUCAUUGUAAAAAAAAAAGAACAAUCUAAUAACCUUCUAGCCCAUAAUUAUUAUUAUAUAAACAAAAGUUAACAUACUAGUAUUUCUGCACCACAAAAAAAAUUAAAUAAAAGGAAAAGGGAACUACAAUCUUUACGGGACAUUAAACAGAGCUAGUUAAACCAUUAAACAAUUAAAUCGAGCUAGUCCAUGGUUUUGUUAUCCAUUAACAUUAAUAGUAGUCUUCCUGUAUUGUUUGUUAAUGCUUAAAAUAAUAGCCAAGUUUGGCAAAAGUGCAAUGCAGAUUUAUAAUUAAAAGCGUAAAGACAUAAAAGUAAAAAAAGUACUAUUUCUUAAAUGUAGGAUCAGUAUAGUUAAAAAAAAACAAUUCAUUGUUUCUGUUCUACUUGGACUCAUUUAGUUUUAAUAGUAUUUAUGUUAUUUUUGAUACUCAGAAAUAAUACGGUUUAAACAUUAUUUUUCAAAGGUCAUCAGUUUACAAAAUAUGGCUGUAGAAGAAAAUCUGAUCAUAAAAUGGUGCAUAAGAGUUUAUGUGAAUCUAUCCCGAAAUUAAAACCGAUUCGCAGAGUAUGCAAUCUUCAGGAGUGCUCCCAACCGAUGUAAGUUUUAAGUAAUGGUUUCUUCAUUUUGUACAUAAUAUUCUACUUUCAUAUGUCGUGCUUACAAAAUAUGUUUGUAGAAGAAAAUCUGAUCAUAAAAUGAUGCAUUCAAAGUUUGUGAAUCUAUCCCAAAUUUAAAACCGAUUUGCAGAGUAUGCAAUCUUCCCAACCAAUGUAAGUUUUAAGUUAUGGUUUGUUCAUUUUGUACAUAAUAUGCUACUUUUAUAUUUUUGUGCUUGCAAAUAUUUAAUAACAAGAGAGGGCUGGCAACUUCUGGCCCGGUGUCAAGUACAAAUAAAUAAGCAUAAAACUCCCAGAUAUGUAUGUGCAUGAUCGUUCCUUCAAGGCACGUACAAUUAAAUAAUUUUGAUAGAUGGAGUCUUCUGGAGUUGUGCUGUGUGACAUUGUAUAUCCCUGCACUCUCAUCAGCAUAACUUCCGCAGUGUGCGGAAGCUUUCACAGACAUCUGUGCUCAUGAUUAAGACGUCUGUUGAGUUUAGUAAUAAUUUCACUGGUGUUAAAAUAUUUUGUGAAUCCAUAUGUCCAAAGCAUAGCAGUUACCCCCCCCAAAACAGGCUUCUUACAUCUAUAGUAAUAUACCAUAAAUAGCUAACGAGAGAGUUUAUGUGAAUCAUUGUAAUUCUACUGCAGUAAACUUUUACUUUUUUUUAAAGGUGGAGAGUAGACGCUGCUUAGUUUUGCCAACUAGUAAAUAGCGUUUUGGUGUAAUUUUCCAGCAAUGCCAAAAAAUUUAAGCAACAGGCCUUAGUUAAUUAACCUGAUAAUUUCACAUCAGUAUUUGUGCCAUUGCAGGUGUGUAUUUAUGAAUUGAAAGUGUUUCUGGUUCUGAAUGCAUUCCUUUUGUUACUUACUGACCUUUUUUAUCACCAUUUUUCUUUCCAUUUAUUUAUCCCACUCACACCAUUGUGUCUCUUCUUACCAUCAUGCUUCUCCUUGUCUCUCUUCCACUUGCCAUGUCAGCCCAUUUGUUACUGUCCCAUUUCCCUAAGUGUGUCUCCUCCAUCUCUCCCACUUGUGUUAAUUUAUCUCCCACAUGCAUCUCCCUCAUUAAUCUCACUUGUGUAUAUCCCUUACUUAACCCCACAUAAAUCUUCUCUAUUUGUCUCACUUGUUCCUCUUACCCAUCUCCUCUCAAUGUUUCUCUUCUAUUACCGUCUAUAGUGUCUCUGCCCUAUCCAAAGCGGAAUAUUUCACCCGUCAACCCCAUUAGAGUAUGUCUUCCUACUGCCUUUCUGCUAUUCCACAUUUUGCUCCAUCUCACCCUCCUCCAACUCCUGUGAAUAAACAUUUCACCCCAAGUGUUUUUAUCUUUCUUGUCUAGUUCCAUGUCAGUUAGGACCCCCACUUUGUAUCAGGACAGAGCAGCAUGCCACUGACAAUGAUCAUGGUGUCCCUGCCCAGCUCUUUCACAUCUGGAUCCAGCACUGUGUGUGAUUUAACAACAUAUCCAUCUGUGCUAGCAUACUAAAAAAUAAAUCUAACAGAUGGAACACCGUUACUGUCAGGUCUUUUAAUAUAAAGGGCUGUGAUUGGUUGCAUGAUAGCAGCUAUCGCUACCUAGAUAUUAGAUAAAAUAAUGUCAGUUUGCAUGCUGUCCCUUCGAUAGCCCUCUACAGUAGGUCCCUGUGCUGUACUCAAAUCCAAGUUGCCGUCCUCAAAGUCCCCCUGAUACACAACUGGAUAUUUGCACACUGGGGGCAGCCAGCUGGGGCUUUGGAAUGCUCCUUUCACAGUCUCUUAGUGUGCUAGUCUGUGCACUGGCACUAGUAAUGCCAGGUGAAAAUUCCUAAUAACUUCCUCCUCCUUCCUUUUCCACCAUGCUAGAACCCUAAAUCUAUAUUCCCUCAAAACAAGGCCUUUUAGCAGCACUCCUUCUUAUUAAGCUCCUUUCGUUUCACCUCAAUCAACACGCAUCCUCUUUCCUUAUGUUUCACUUACUUUUUCCUCUUCAUGGUGCCUCAUAAAAAUCCAAAUGUACCAUCUCACAGUGCCUUUUCUUUGUACAGAGAUUUGCACAGGACUUAGUAAGGCAGGGCCGAUGCAAGAGUUUCUGCCGCACUAGGCGAUGAUCCAUUUUGCCACCCCCUCAUGAAAGCAAAUACAAUCUCACAGAGGUUUAUUCACUAAACUCUGAAUUGCAGUGAGUUGAAAACCAAAUUGCAAAGUUUAAGCAAAAACAGUUGAACUGUGACUGUAGACAAAUUGGAGAAUUCUUCUAGAUCAGCAAUUUUGGCCUAAUUUUCGCAAUAUGGUAUCCAGUUAGGUCUGCCUAAUACACACAUACUGCUUAAUGCGUACAUACAUUUUUAUUAUUAUUAUGAUAUUUAUAUAGCGCCAUCAAAUUCCGCAGCGCUUUACAAUGGGUGGAUGAACAGACAUGUAGUUGUAACCAGACAAGUUGGACACACAGAAACAGAGGGGUUAAGGGCCUUGCUCAAUGAGCUUACAUGCCAGAGGGAGUGGGGUAAAAUGACACAAAAAGGUAAGACUAGUGACAGUUGCAGAAGAGGAAUCAGUCAGGCACUAUUAACAGUUUAAUUGAUACGCUUUUAGGAAGAAGUGGGUUUUUAACGAUUUUUUGAAGGAGUGGAGACUGGGUAAGCAUCUAACGGAGGAGGGAAGCGAGUUCCACAGGAACGGUGCCGCCCUCAAGAAAUCUUGAAGGUGAGCACCAGAGGUGGGAGUACGGACAGAAGAUAGACGUAAGUCUUCAGCAGAUUGUAAGGGCCUAGACGGGACAUACUUGUGUAUAAGGGAGGAUAGAUAGGUGGGAGCAGCAUUAUGUAGCGAUUUUAAAUUGAGUUCUAUAUUUUAUAGAAAGCCAAUGUGGGGACUGACAGAAGGGUGAGGCAUGGGAGGUGCGGGUGGACAGGAAGAUGAGCCUCGCUGCCGCAUUCAUUAUGGACUGUAACGGCGCAAGUUGGGAGCACGUAAGACCACUGACAAGCGCAUUACAGUAGUCAAGGCGAGAGAGGACAGUGGAAUGGACCAACACCUUAGUCGCAUCUGGGGUUAAGUAGGGGCGGAUGCGCGCAAUGUUUUUGAGACGGAAAUGACAGGAUUUGGCGAUAGAUUGAACAUGAGGCUUGAAGGAAAGGUCAGAGUCAUAGAGAACACUUAGGCAGCGAGCCUGUGUGGUGGAGCUGAUAGUAGCACCGUUGACUUGGAGGGAGACAGACACAGGAUUAACAACACUUGAGGGAGGAAAGACCAGAAUUUCAGUUUUGGUCAAGUUUAGUUUAAGGAAGUGGGCAGCCAUCCAGUUAGAAAUAGGAGAGAGGCAGUCAGAGACACUAGUCAAGAGGGACAGCGAGAGAUCAGGAGAGGACAGGUAGAUUUGCAUGUCAUCUGCAUAGAAAUGAUAUCGGAAGCCAAAGGAGCUAAUGAGUUUACCAAGGGAGGCAGUGUAGGUGGAGAACAGUAGGGGACCAAGGACUGAACCUUGGGGGACACCAACAGAGAGGAGUUGGGGAGAAGAAGCAGAGCCAGAGAAAGAAACACUGAAAGAGCGCUGGGAGAAGUAGGAGGAGCACCAGGAGAGAGCAAUAUCUUGUAGACCGAUAUUGCAGAGGAUGAGAAGAAUCUGUUGAUGAUCAACAGUGUCAAAAGCCGCAGACAGGUCAAGGAGAAUUAGGAUAGAGUAGUGACCAUGAGAUUUUGCAGCGAGUAGAUCAUUGGAUACUUUGGUCAGUGCCGUUUCCACAGAGUGCUUAGUGCGGAAACCAGACUGAAGCGGGUCUAGCAGAGAGUUGGACUCGAAGUCUGUCAAUCUCGCAUACACAAUUCUUUCAAGGAUCUUAGAUGCAAAAGGCAGUAGCGAGAUAGGACGAUAGUUGGAUGGGGAGUUAAGGUCAAGAUUGGGCUUCUUUAGAAUUGGGGUUACAGUUGCAUGUUUGAAGGGCGAUGGAAAUAUACCAGAAGAGAGGGAGAGAUUGAGAAUUUUAGUGAGAGGUGGAGAAAGAGAAGAAGACAGAGUACGGAUGCAAGGGAAUUGGAUCUAGGGAGCAGGUGGUGGGGCGGGAGGACUGGAGCAGAGCAGAAACCUCUUCCAAUGUAGCGUGUGCGAAUGAACAUAGAACAGCAGAGGGAGUGAAGUUAGGGGAAGUAUUGUAAGGGGAAGAAGAAAGAUGAGAUCUAUUCUCUGAUUAUUGAGAUCUUGUCAGUGAAGUGAGUUGCAAAGUCUGAGGCUGUCAAGUUAGUAGGUGGAGGAGAAACAGCAGGGCGAAGAAGAGUGUUAAAUGUGCAAAAUAGUUGUUUGGGUUCACGGGAGAGUGUGGUUAUGAGGGUAUUGAAAUAAUUUACUUUUGCAGAGGAAAGAGCCAAGCUGUAUGAGCUCAGCAUAAAUUUAUAGUGGAGAAAGUCAGAUGCACAGUGAGACUUUCUCCAACAGCGUUCAGCAGUUCUGGAGCAUUUUUGGAGGUAUCGAGUGAGCUUGGUGUGCCAGGGUUGUUGUUGGGGGUGCCUGCGGCGUUUAAAUGUACAAGGUGCCAUUAUGUCUAGUUGAGAGGAGAGGAUGGAAUUGUAGAAGGAGGUUGCAGAACUAGGACAGGUGAGGUUUGAGAUAGGUAAAAGGAGAGUUUGAAGAUUAGUGGAGAAAUGCUCUAGGUCAAGACAUUGGAGGUUUCUGUGAGAGUGAUGUUAAGACGGUGGUGUCAAUUGGGUCUUAGGUAUGCCAAUGUCAAAAUCAGCAGAUGGUGGUCAGAUAGAGGAAAAGGAAUAUUGGAGAGAUUAGAGGCAGUACAGAAGUUGGUGAAGGCAAGAUCAAGAGUGUUUCCCGCUGUAUGGGUUGCUAAAUUGGACCAUUGCGUAAGGCCAAAGGAGGAGGUUACAGAGAGCAGACGAGAGGCAUCAGUGCAAUUGGGGUUGUUGAUUGGGAUAUUGAAAUCCCCAAGUAUAAGGAAAGGAGUGCUAUAUGAGAGGAAGUGGGGAAGCCAGGAAGAAAAGUGCUCAAUGAAUAACUGGGGGGGAGGUGGGGUGGUAGAUGAUAGCAAUUAUUAAAGGAGUGGGUUUAACCCCUUAAGGACACAUGACAUGUCAUGAUUCCCUUUUAUUCCAGAAGUUUGGUCCUUAAGGGGUUAAAUAGGCGGACAGUGUGAAACACUGAACUAGGGAACACCUAUGACAGUGAUCUGUAGUGUUUAUUGGCUCUUAGAGAGUUCCUUUAAUUUGUAUUGAUAUACAUGCGGUAACUCCUGGUGUUAGUGGCUCCCACAGAAAAUAAUGUGAGCUGUUAGCCACCACUUUCAGCAGUGGCUACUGGUAACUCCCUGUCGCUACUUUUUUUGCAAAUUUUGCAGACAGGAAACAGUUGCUACUCCCUAACAUGCAUAAUAGGGAAUGAGUAACAGCUGGACACUAAAAAGUAAUGACAACGUUGUAAGCGAACAUUACAAUGAAUUUGUCACUUUUCAGUUUUCCAUAAAAAUUCAUAAUUGUGAAUAAUGAAAUACUGAUUAAGACUGUGUUGGGAUUUCACUGAAAUUACAAUGCAAUCCAAAGAUACCAUAAAACAAAGUAGGGACUACUUUGUCAUAAGUACAGCCUGAGGUAGACAAAAGAAGCUGCUCUGUAGACUUUCUUCCCUUUCCAGCAGCCAUGACAAAUGACGGCUAUGGGAUUCAGACAUUGUCUAUGGAUCCGUUGGAUACUCUGUAGACUGGGGCAAGACUAUGGCACUGUCGUGGCUCCUGGCAGCUGAAAAGACAGGAGCAGAAGAGAUCUGAAGCGUUACGAUAGCGGUGACUGGAAGGGACAGUCAUAGGUAAGUAAAACACACAUCCCCUGCACCCCAUGGCAACUGAUCUCUCAGUUUCAGAGGUCUUUGCGAAAUAUGCAUUUACCCACUUCCCACCCAAAAUUGACAGACCAGCUUUAAAGGACCACUCUAGGCACCCAGACCACUUCAGCUUAAUGAAGUGGUCUGGGUGCCAUGUCCAGCUAGGGUUAACCCAUUUUUUACUAAACAUAGCAGUUUCAGAGAAACUGCUAUGUUUAUUAAUAGGUUAAGCCUUCCCCCAAAGCCUCUAGUGGCUGUCUCAUUGACAGCCACUAGAGGCGCUUGCGUGCUUCUCACUGUGAUUUUCACAGUAAGAGCACACCAGCAUCCAUAGGAAAGCAUUGUAAACCGGCUGAAUGCGCACGCAGCUCUUGCCGCGCGUGCGCAUUCAGCCGACGGAGCGGAACAGAGGAGGAGAGAAGGAGGAGAGCUCUCCGCCCAGCGCUGGAAAAAGGUAAGUUUAAACCCUUUUCCCCUUUCCAGAGCCGGGCGGGAGGGGGACCCUGAGGUGGGGGCACCCUCAGGGCACUAUAGUGCCAGGAAAACGAGUAUGUUUUCCUGGCACUAUACUGGUCUUUUAAAGUGGGCUAAAUUAUACAAUUUGGUUUUCAGUUCACUAUAAUUUGGUUUUAGUCAAACUCCAAAGUGUUAUAUAUGUAUUCCUAUUGUAUCAAAUGCAAUAUUGGGGGAGUCAGAGGUCACAUACCUAUAUCUGUGGCGAGUUGCUGUGUGCAAAUUAUGAUGUGUUUUUUUGUGCCUUUUUAGUUCCGAAAAAAAAAUAGUUUGAACCUGCUUGUGGUGUCAUGUCAAGUUAUAUACAAAUUUAUUCAAGAGGCAUCAAUCAAAUAUGUGCUUUGAAAGCCAUUUUGUAUUGGUCAAAAAUGUUUUUAAAGGGUUCCUCCAAACCUUUUUUUUUACUUUUAUUUUGGUGUAAAUUACUUUUUUCUUAAAAAUCUGUAAAAUAAGCUUAAAAAAUCACUGAAAUCUAGCACCGGACUACGUUACAUAGUUACAUAGCUGAAAAUAGACUUGCAUCCAUGAAGUUCAGCCUUCCUCACAUCUGUUUUUGCUGUUGAUCCAAAAGAAGGCAAAAAACCCAGUCUGAAGUGCUUCCAAUUUUGCAACAAACUAAGAAAACAUUCCUUCUUGACCCCAAAAAAGCAGUCCGAUGUCUCCUUGGAUCAAGCAGCUAUUACCCCACUAAUUAGAAAUAAUAUCCCUGUAUGUUAUGUUUUUGCAAGUAUUUAUUCAAUUGCAGUUUAAACAUCUGUAUAGACUCUGACAAAACCACCUCUUCAGGCAAUGAAUUCCAUAUCCUUAUUGCUCUUACUGUAAAAAAAGCUUUUCUUUGCCUUAGAUAAAAUCUCCUUUUCUCCAGCCUAUAUGCAUGACCUUGUGUCCUAUGUAUAGCCCUGCUUAUGAAUAUGUAUCCAGAUAAUAGUUUGUACUGGCCCCAAAUAUAUUAGUAUAAUGUUAUCAUAUCCCCUCUGAGGUGCUGUUUUUCCAAACUAAAGAGAUUAAAAAUUUUUAACCUUUCUUCAUAACUGAAAUGCUCCAUUCCUUUUAUCAAUUUUUUAACCAAUCUUCUCCAUGUCAUGUCCAUUGUCAAUCAAGUCCUUCUCAUAGAGUGGCAUUUGAUUGGAACAAUCUCACAGGUUACAGAUUCAGAGUGCAUGCCUGAAUUGGAGGAGGCGGGAUUUGGGGUGGACUAAAGAGGUGGUCAAAGGGAGUGGACAAAAUAAAUAGAUGAUUGACAGAGCAUGUAGGGAGCAACAGACAGCUGGGAUGGAUUAAAUGAGUAGGUGAGGAAGUGAAAGAGGGGAUGAAUUUUCAUGUAUAAGGGGAGUGGACUACGAAAAGACAAUUGAAAUAUCAUUUAGUGGGUUGGGGAGGGUUGGGAGGACUUGCAUGAAGGAGGGACGAGACAUCUUUUGCAAUCGACGUUUAGUUGGACUUGGUGCACGCAAGCCUUGUGAACACAGUCUUAUAGGCUUUCACUAGCAGGCAUGCUCACAUGACUGCCUAAAUGGGAAGAAGAUGAUUUAUGCCCAUCACAAAGAGUGCACUGCAUGUUGAACACAGACAUAUUUUAUGCACUGACACUUACAUUAGGCAAUUCAGAAUAGAGUACUGUGCUGCCUAAGUCACAUGUACUGAGUGUGUAACUACACCCUGGAACAAAUAUACAAAUAUAUGCAUUAUGUCAAACAGAAGUGCUUCACAUACAGGUUGCCUGCACCACGAUCAUUUCUUAAAGCAGAAGUGGUCAUGGAGGUUGGAGUAACCCUUUCAUUGCAUCUUUAGUGUAGUCAUGCAAUAAAAAUAGUUGUAAUUAAUGGUUAUGGUGAUCUCAGAUAUAGAGCUAACCUUUACAUGAUUUGGUGGCCAUAUUUCUUUAUGUAACCAAUUUUUAACUAUUCAAAGAUCUGCUGUGCCACAACCAGUUCUAUUACAAAUAUGAUAUUUGGUGCAAGUUGUGACCUAUAUUCCAUUACUGUUAAAUGCCAAUCAAAAAUGUCCUGUCCCACUCUCAGACACUAUUUAACAAAAAUAACAGUUUGGCUGAAAUAUAUUUACCCACUCUUUUUGGGAAGUGACUGACUGCAGCAAUCUGCAACCUCCUUCCAUAAGACUUGAAGCCCUUGGUUCAACUAUAUCAUCAUGUAGGAUGUGUUUUUAAGGGUAUUAAUCCCCAUACCUUUCAUAUGCCCCCCUUUUUUUUGGUUGUAUAAUUUGGAUGCACAUUGUAUUGCAAGACAAGUUCUUGUCUUCAACAAAUCUGUUUCACUACUCCCACAAUUAAAAAAGAACUUGGUCACCCGUAUUAAUAUUGUUGGUUAUUGAUUUUACUCCUGUUUUAUCGUGUACCAACUGUCUCUGCUCAUAUGUUUUUCCCUUGUAACAUUACUUUGUCUCUUAAUUAAAUAAUUAAAUGGAACAUGUGAGAAAGAAUGAAGAGCUAUGUAUUCAGCAAUGGCUCACUUUUCAUUGUAAUGUGUUGGCUUACCAAGCCAACAAAAUACAGUGUAUAUUCAAGCAUGCCUGACCCCCCAAGAGUUGCCUGAUGAUAUAAAAGUGCUUCAUUCUUUUUGUAGUCAACACUUUUUUAAAGAAAGGAAGAAUGGACACUGUUAUCCCUUACAGUUCUUCAGCAAGUAAUUUAGGGGAUGGAAGUGUUUCUUUAACCCCUUAAGGACACAUGACAUGUGUGACAUGUCAUGAUUCCCUUCUAUUCCAGAAGUUUGGUCCUUAAGGGGUUAAAGGAGCACUCCAAUCACCACAACCACUACAACCUGCUGUAGUGGCUAGGGUGCCAGGAGUACCCUGAAGCCAUCCAAGUGUGAUUUGGCAAAACGUUUUAGUACAGUUCAAUAACUUAUCUCGUCCUUUUUGAAGGCCCGCAGCCUGUUGGGGUUCUCCGGUUAUCCACUUAGCUUUUCAGAAUUAAGCUGGGCCAUGCAGGACUGCAUUUAUUGCCCGGGGCCAUGCAGAACUGCAUUUAUUGCCUGAAGGUGUCAGCAGAGCGUUCUUAAUCAACAAGCUUGGUCCUUUAGCGGCUGUACAUAGCUGAAUAGUUAUCCAACUUCUCCUGCAGGCAAAUGCAUUUUGGGUACUGUGGUACAUUGUCAAACCAUUCUAAAAUGGGCAUUUAUGGCACCAUGACCAUUACAGUGGGAUCUAGGGGUUAUGGUGCUUGAAAUGUUCAUUCAAGUAAAUAAUUGAAUUCAGUAGUAUCCAGCAUAGAGGAAGCUUAGACAUGUUACAUGAACAUUUACCAGCUAAAUAGUAGCAUUGUAUAAGCAAAACAUUAAUCUACACAAUAAAAAUGUUCUUUCUAUAACUAUAAUUUAUUAUUUUCUAUUCAAUGUAAUAUUUUUUUCUAGGCACUGACACUGAUAGUUAAUAUUUUUUUCUUUCAUCAAACAGAUGGGUUACAGGAGAAUGGGAGCCUUGCUCUGUGACAUGUGGAAAAUCAGGGUAUCAGAGUCGUACAGUGAGGUGUAUUCAGCCCCUAAGUGACAAUACAAAUCGAUCAGUUCAUAGCAAGUACUGCAAUGAAAACCGUCCUGAAGCUAAAAGACCUUGUAAUCGCCAAGCUUGCCCAGCUCACUGGAGAAUAGGUCCAUGGUCACAGGUAUGUGCAAACUAUAUCAGUUAUUUCUCAAAUUGAAGAGAGUUGUUAACCUUGAAAUUUUCAGGGCCCUCAUUCACACCACCACCACAUAUAUUACUAGCCACUUAUGAAUAUGCAAUUAAACAUGUAUACACAGACCUGUCAGUUCACAUACAUGUAAUUAGCUACUCACACAUACACACAUGCAUAACUAGCUACUGGCACACUUACCUAACAUGUUCAUACACACUCUAACAUACAUACAUUAAUACAAAAUCACAGAAAACUUAUAUUAACAGUCAUAGUAACACACUGACAUUUUUUUUUUUUUUUUUACUUAAAGCCAGUGCUUGCUAGUCAGACACCACAAUAAAACAAUAUUUAAAAUAAACUAGAAAAAAAGCCCAUGGUAGUCAAAAUGACCUCCAUCUAUUGAUGCCUAGUCACUAAAAAGGCCUCGUCCCAGAGAGUGUAACAGUAGUACCCUCUGCACAGUCUGUCUUGAGUGCCCUCACAGCCAGAGAGACUGUCAGUCAACCUGAUGUGCAUUCACAACAGACUGACAAAUCCCUUCCCCGUGUGCCCUAUCCCCUUUCUGGGUAGUACUGCCAAUUUUGGUCUGCCCACGCACCGUCCUGACUUUAUACCUCUUAAAGGACCACUAUAGGCACCUAGACCACUUCAGCUUAAUGAAGUGGUCUGGGUGCCUGGUCCAGCUAGGGUUAACCCCUUUUUUUUUAUAAACAUAGCAGUUUCAGAGAAACUGCUAUGUUUAUAAAUAGGUUAAUCCAGCCUCUAAAGCCUCUAGUGAAUGCUUUCCUAUGAGACAGUCUGAAUGCGCGCACAGCUCCUGCCGCGCAUGCGCAUUCAACUGAAGAGGCGGAGAGGAGGAGGAGGAUGGUGGGGGCACCAUCAGGGCACUAUAGUGCCAGGAAAACGAGUAUGUUUUCCUGGCACUAUAGUGGUCCUUUAAGUACAAGACCUAUCUAGUAAUCUUAUCAUUGACAGUGAGAUAGAGGUAAUACAUUGAGACAUGAAGGAAUUCAAAUUUGCAAACAACAGAGGACAUUUUUUUACAGUAGGAACAAUAAGAUGUGGAGUCAUCUGCCUAAAAAGUUUAUUUAUAAGAUUCUUUACAGAAUUGAAAAAAAAAAGGUUGUAUUGUUGUCCAUGAAAACAAAAAAGAAAUAAUAAACAGGAUGUUUUUUAUUUUUUAUGAAAAGCAGAAUAUUUAACAUAUAAUUAAUACAUUUGGGUACAGCUUGUUAAUCCAGUGAGAAACUGGAUUUCCAUUAUGGAGUCACAAGGGAUUUUUACCUUUUAUGACACAACUGGCAAUAACUUUGAUUUGGGUUUUUCACUUUUUUUUUCCUGAUCAACAGCAUCAGAACAUAUGCAUAGUUAUGUAUAACAUGUAGGCAAGUUGCCUUUUUACUUUUUGUUUUUUUUAGGGGUAUAUUUAAAAUGUUUAAUUUCAUUGCCUGUAUUAUUUUACACUGUAAAGUAUUUUGUGAUCUGAAAGUAAAAAUAUAUUUUUUAUUUUAGUGUUCUGUAACAUGUUCCAACGGUACUCAAGAACGUCAAGUAAUGUGUAGUUCUGAUGACAGUAAAAACUGUAUUGACAAUAAACCUGACACAAUAAGGAUUUGCAUACUUCCUCCUUGUACUGGUACGUUCUGUUGUGAUUUUUAUUUAAGACUGUUUAUCUUAAUUAACAAAAAAUUAUAUAGUAUCACAUUACAGAGCAUCAAAUGUAAAUGACUAUGCGUUUAACAAAUAAUUAUAGGCACUAAAUAAAAUGUAAAACAAAAAAGGUGCGCUGUACCUUUAAAAAUUUAAAGUGCAACAAAUGCAAAAAAAUUUGUGCAAUAAGAAGUGUCUAUUCCAUAAAAUCACACUCAAUAUAACGAAUGUGCAAAAUUGCAAGUGAAUAGUGAUAAAAAUACAAAUAGUAACUUACAGCAGGAAAAUAUGUCUCAAUGUAAAUUGCAUUUGGUAAUUCCAAAGUAGGAGAUAUGAUACAUAAAAAAGAAAAAAGCACAUAGCAUAAUACUGUUUAAAAUUGUUUAAAACAACCAAGAGAAAUAGAAUAAAACUCACAAGGAAAGAGCAGUAAAAGUCUGCUCUAACUUUUCCAACAUGUAAUCCACAGCAUAGGGCUUUGAUGGUAGUAAAAACAGCAGGACGCCAGCUGAAUAAAACGAUCUUUAUUUCUUCCAAUAAAAAAACUCCCUUUACCACAUAGAAGACCAGUGUCCCAUUCAAUGCUUUGAAGAGAUGAACACGCCAAAAUUUGCGGUCUUUGCAGCUUGCGGCACUAUACAAGGUACUUCCGGGGGUCUCAGAUUCUCCAAAACCCACUUUUUUUUUUUUUUCCACUCCACCACUCCUCCGGAUAUGUCCACUGGUGCCAGGAUCCAGCAGAUGAAAUAAUGCCAGGAAAGUGGGGAUAUUUUAUAACUUUAAUGACAUAGGAAAUAAAACAGGGAUAUAAAGUGCAUAAGAGUAGAAAACAUCGAUAGCAGCACUGACGCGUUUCGACUAUUGAAGUCUUUUUUUUUUUUACUAAAUAAAAUGUAGCUUUUACAGGUACAACAUCAUCAUAAGGGAAAAAUUCCAAAAUGUAAAUUAGCAAGCCAGAUGAAAACAAUGUAACUGGGCAGAAAAAUGGUCAAAUGCAAGUGAAAUGGGCACCUAGUGUAAAUAGAGAAGUUAAAGCACCACUAGAGUCAUGCAGGUCACUUCAUCUCAGCAUUGUGGCUUGGAUGCAGUGGUCCUCACCUUUCACUACUGCAUUGUAAAAGAUUGCAAUUUUGGCAAAACUGAGAUUUUUACAUUGCAAGGUUAAAUCCUCCUUGAGUGGCUAUCAAACUUUCAGCCCCUAAAGCUGCUCCAGUGGCAUUGACCAAGUAAAACACUGUCAUAUUAUGCAGAAGCCACCAUAAGAAAGUAUUGUACUCUAUGAGGAGAAUUGGAUCAGACAAUGCUGGAGGAGGCUAAGUAAGCAGCGCCGAUGGAGUUGGAAAAAGGUAAGUAAAUCUGUAAUUUUCAUACAUUUUUCCUGCAGGGGGGGCACCUGGAUACAUAUAGGGAGAUGGACACUAAAGCAUUAGGAAUACAGGUUUCUAUUCUGAAUGCUUUAGUGUUCUUUUUAAUACAAACCGAAGUGACAAAACAUAACAUUGCCAUGAGUAACCUGUGUGUAAGGGCAUUGCUAUUAUAGUGAUCUCUGGUGUUGUAGAGUCUUGUGAUACCUUAAGCCUGUGUUUUGGUGCAGAUCAAGAUACCUUUUGGUGUUUGUAGCAGAUGGCACUGGGCUGUCCUGAAAACUACAUGUGUUUAACUGCAUUCAUGUAAACUGCUGGUUUUGUAUGUGUUGAAAUAAAGUGUAUUCGUCUGAUUGUUCGGUAGAAUCAUUCGAAUAAACUAAGGGAAUGAAACUACUGAGCAAUCAGACCUCCCCUGUGUGAAGUGUGCCUUCAAUUACCCGGUGCAACAAUGUUGCUAACAUGUAAUUAACAAGCGAUGCAGUAGGUCCUUUGUUCGCGGGGUGGCCGCCAUUCGGGAAACGAACACGUGGUGGCGGCCAUUUUAAAACUCCCGAACAGCUGUGUUUUGCCGUCGAGUGUCUGGAACUCAAAUCGGACACUUGACUAGGCGAACACCGCUGAGACCUCCACAAGCCGGUCCGUUCGGUUCCAAACUAACCAAAUGUGCCAUUUAAAGGGGUACCCCUAGGUUUAGGGGUACAUCCAGAAACUGGGGGAAUUUGUGUACAGUAUAAGGGGAUUAUGAGUCAGGCUGAGGGGAGGAGAUAGGUGGGAGGUUACUAUUGUCGGAUUGGGUACUGUACUAAUUGAUGAAAGUCUCUCCCUUGCAUGGGAGCAUGCUAUAUAAGGCCACUGUGGAAUAAAGGUGUUCAGUUCUACUCCUGAUGUGUGUCGUCCAGUUAUUGGGAUUGCUGUUGGGAUACUGUUGGAUUAUUUUACCUGCUGGAAACCUUGCCUGUGGAUUUAUAAUUACUUGUUCCUGAGCCUCACUGGGAUCUUAAGCGGAGAUAAUCUGUGGAAUAUUGUAUCUCCGCUACAUUGGUUGGCAGCGGUGGGAUCCAGACUUACAGAGGAACAAGCACAAAUGGAGUACGGAUGGAGAUUGAUUUUGCUACACUAAAACGCUCCACAUUAAAGGACCUCCUAGAGGCAAGGGGUAUUCAAGCCAGCAACAAGAAGAAAGCGGUACUUAUUACCGAACUCAUGGCAGAGUACCGAAUGGAUGGCGGUUCGGUUCCCGAACAGGGGGAUUAGGGGGAAACACAGGAACAAAUGGAGUUCCAGAGACAGUUACAAUUUAGGCUGUCUUUUUAUGGAGAACACCCGUCAGCAGAAAUUUAUUUCCAGGACCAUGAUAGAGGUCCAGGAAUUCAUACUGAGGCAACGGAUAACAACCCCAGAACACAGCUCUACAGUAAACGUGCCACAGGAAGGUAAGCCUAAAAUACCAUAUCAGGCUUUUAAAACGUAUGUGGAGGCAGAGGAAGAUAUAGAUGCUUUCCUGCAAGAUUUUGAAAGACUGUGUGCAUUGCAUAAAAUCAGCGCAGAGGACUGGGUUCCUAUUUUGGCAGGACGGUUAACUGGGAGGGCAGCAGAGGCAUACCGUACUGUGCCAGAUGAAGAAAUUAGGAAUUACAGUAAAGUGAAAGAGAUUAUACUGGCCCGGUAUGCUAUAACACCAGAGGCAUACCGGAGGAGAUUCCGGGAUUUAAGUGGAGAAGUGGAAGUGGAGAAGGACUCGCAUGCAGAAUGGGCGUGCAGGUUACAAUGGGCAGCACUUGGGUGGGUGCAAGCGAGCAAGGCAAGGUCCAUGGAGGACGUGAUACAAAUGCUGCUAAUGGAACAAUUUUAUGAUGGGGUGACAGCAGAUGUCCAGGAGUGGGUAAGGGACCGAAACCCUACCUCCCUCCCAGAAGCGGCUAGAAGGGCAGAUGAGUACAUGGACGCACGUAGACAACAAAAACCUGCAGUUCCAAAAACCCCAUGGAAAACCUUUGGGGGAACCACCUACACCCCAGCACCACCAAGGCAACUACCACUGCCAGCACCGCCCGCUGCACAGCCACGGUUUCGCCAGCCGAGCUCUGGGGCCUGUCAUCACUGCCAGAAAUGGGGGCAUUAUAAAAGAGAAUGCCCACAACUACGGGAUCGUUCCACCUGGAUCCGACCAGGCCCACCACCACCACCAAGAGCGGCCACAGCACACUGCUACCAGGACAUAGUUGCAACACCAUAUGGUUCAGCAGUGCCCAUUACCACCGUGGAACAGUGGGAAGUUUUGCACAAAGCCGAUCCAGUCCAAGCCAAUGCUGAUAAUCGUCAGCACCAUAGACAGACGGUAAACUUGGAGGGUAAAGCGGUCCAAGGACUACAUGACUCAGGAGCUACUAUCACCCUGGUAAAGAGUCACCUGGUUUCGGAUCAGGCUAAGCUCAGUAAAACUAUAGCCGUCAGGGUAGCCGGGGGAGCAGUGUACCGGCUACCUACAGCAAGGGUACAUUUGCAUUGGGGUCAGGACACGUGGAGGUGGGGUUGAUGCCGCAGUUACCAGCGGAGGUUUUGUUGGGGAACGAUCUAGGGAGGUUCACGUCUGCUUUUGAGCCCCAGACGCCCACCACAGGAGAAGCUCACCCUGUGGUCACCCGACAACAGGCCCGCACCCAGGACUACAACACACUCCCGGAGGUUCAGGUAAGAGACCCUUCCCCUUCCUUAGAAUGUGUCCCCUGGGCCCCACCUAAUGAAUUUGCAGCUGAAGUAGUAACCGACCCUACACUACAAGUAUAUAGGGACAAGGUUGUCACUGACUCACCCGGGGGGGAGGGAGGGAGAGAGAUUUGUCUGGGACAAGCAGCUUCUAUACAGGGAGACAGACAAGCAGAUUGCUGGGUCAGACCCGAUGGUGAUGAGGCAGCUAGUGGUGCCGGAGCGGUACCGAGCAGAGUUACUCCGGAUAGCGCAUGAUAUUCCGCUAUCCGGACAUUUAGGGGUCAGUCACACUAGGUACAGACUGACCCAAAGUUUCUUCUGGCCAGGGAUCAGCCAGGAAGUGCGCGGGUAUUGCAAUACGUGCGAUACCUGUCAGAGGGUAGGGAAAAGGGGAGACCAAAGGAAGGUGAAACUACACCCCCUACCCAUAAUUGAGGAACCCUUUAGUAGAGUAGCAGUAUAUUUGAUAGGCCCCCUCAAGAAAGCUAGUCCGUCAGGCAAAAGAUACAUUUUAACUGUAGUAGAUUAUGCCACUAGAUAUCCAGAGGCAGUGGCUCUGACCAACAUCCACACUGAAACAGUCGCGGAUGCCCUCAUGCGGAUCUUCUCCCGGAUGGGAUUACCCAGGGAGAUUAUCUCGGAUCAGGGUACCCAAUUUACCGCAGAAUUCACCCAACACCUCUGGAGGAUAUGUAGCAUUAAGCCUAUAAUCAGUGCCCCUUACCACCCCCAGACUAAUGGGCUCUGCGAACGGUUCAAUGGUACAUUGAAACAAAUGCUACGAACCUUCGCAGAGACCCACAAGGACUGGGAGCGAUUCCUGACGCAUCUCCUAUUCGCUUACCAGGAGGUGCCGCAGGAGUCCACAGGGUUUUCAACGUUUGAACUGCUAUUUGGGAGGAGAGUCAGAGGCCCCGUAGAUCUGAUUAGAGAGCAUUGGGAGGGGGACCGGAGCGCAGAUGGCACUCCCAUCAUACCAUAUGUGUUGGCAUUACGAGACCACCUGGAAGCAUUCACUAGGACGGUAAGGGAAAACCUUCAGGCGGUGCAGACCCGCCAGCGCACGUGGUAUGAUCGGGGAGUCAGGGACCGUAGCUUUCAGGUCUGGCAGAAAGUGUUAAUUUUAAGACCUGUCCGACAUGACAAGCUACAGGCCGCCUGGCAGGGACCAUAUAGGGUGGUGGAACAGAGAUGUGACACCACCUAUAUAAUCGGCCCCUGCACAGGGACUAGAGGACGACGCAUGCUCCAUGUGAACAUGAUGAAGCCCUACCAGGAGCACUCCGAGGAGGUAACCGCCAUAUGUGCGUCCAACUCUGACGAGUUUGACAGCUUACCUCUCCCAGAUCUGCUGGGAGAUGGGCAGUUGUCUGGAGAUUUAUGGGAGGUUGCACUGGGAGACCGGCUGAGCCCACAGGAGCGUACCGAGGUACAGCAGCUAUUAGAAGAGAAACGAGACACGUUCUCUAAUGUACCUGGUUACACCCCUCUGGCCACUCACCGGGUAGAGACCCCAGGGCAACUACCCAUGCACCAGACCCUCUACCGCAUCCCUGAAGCGGUGAGGGAGAAUAUGCACAAGGAGAUCGAUGAGAUGCUCCAACUGGGGGUGAUUGAGCCCUCAGACAGUCCCUGGGCUUCCCCUGUAGUGCUCGUACCAAAGCGAGACGGUACGACUCGCUUCUGCGUGGACUACAGGAGAUUGAACGAGAAAACCGUGUCAGAUGCCUACCCUAUGCCACGGAUAGAUGAAUUAUUAGACAGGAUGGCCAGGGGCCAAUACCUCACUACUAUUGACUUAUGUAAGGGGUAUUGGCAAAUUCCUCUGGCCCCAGAUGCCAUCCCUAAGUCAGCCUUUGUCACCCCAUUUGGUUUGUACCAGUUUAAGGUCAUGCCAUUUGGGAUGAAAAACACCCCAGCUACUUUCCAGUGGAUGGUGGACCAACUCCUGGAUGGGUUCCAGGACUAUACCUGUGCCUACCUGGACGAUAUUGCCAUUUUUAGCAAUAUGUGGCAGGAGCACUUGGCCCAUAUAGGAGCGGUCCGAGACAGGAUUAGGGAGGCUGGUUUGACAUUGAAACGGUCAAGUGCAGUAUAGGGAUGGCCGAGGUGCAAUACCUGGGACAUAGAGUGGGGUGCGGCAAGCAGAAGCCCAAACCAGCCAAAGUAGAGGCCGUGGCCCAGUGGCCCACCCCUAGGACUAAGACCCAAGUUUUAGCAUUUCUAGGGACCGCUGGGUAUUACAGAAAAUUUGGCCCUAACUAUAGUGCCCUGGUCAAACCCCUCACUGACCUGACCCGGAAGAAUCUGCCCCGCCAGGUGACCUGGACCCCGGAGUGUAAGCAGGCAUUCCAACAUCUGAAAAAUGCACUGAUAAAGGCCCCUGUCUUGGCAGCUCCCAAUCCAACUAAACGUUUUCUUGUUCACACAGACGCUUCUAUGUUUGGAUUGGGGGCAGUACUGAGCCAAGUCGGGGCCGAUGGCGGAGAACAUCCCGUGGCUUACAUCAGUCGCAAGUUACUACCCUGCGAAGUAAGCUAUACGGCCAUCGAGAAGGAAUGCCUGGCUGUGGUGUGGGCCCUAAAGAAACUGCAGCCGUAUUUGUAUGGACAGCCCUUUUCAUUGCUCACGGAUCACAACUCGUUGGUAUGGCUGAACCGGGUGGCUGGGGACAAUGCCAGGCUGCUGCGCUGGAGCUUGGCGCUGCAGCCCUUUGACUUUAAUAUUCAGUACUGCCCGGGUAAACAGAAUGGGAAUGCUGACGGGUUGUCGAGACAAACUGACCUGGAAAAGUGAUCCGUGAGCCCCCGGACAUCCCCAAGCCGAUCCGUGCUGGAUCAGACUGUGUAUGCCGGCUUGUGGGCAAGGGGGAGCAGUGUAGCGGAUGGCACUGGGCUGUCCUGAAAAUUACAUGUGUUUAACUGCAUUCGUGUAAACUGCUGGUUUUGUAUGUGUUGAAAUAAAGUGUAUUCAUCUGAUUGUUCGGUAGAAUCAUUCGAAUAAACUAAGGGAAUGAAACUACCGAACAAUCAGACCUCCCCUGUGUAAAGUGUGCCUUCAAUUACCCGUUGCAACAAUGUUGCGAACGUGUAAUUAACAAGCGAUGGGUGGCCGCCAUUCGGGAAACGAACACGUGGUGGCGGCCAUUUUAAAACUCCCGAACAGCAGUGUUUUGCCAUCGAGUGUCUGGAACUCAAAUCGGACACUCGACUAGGCGAACACCGCUGAGACCUCCACAAACCCGGUCCGUUCGGUUCCAAACUACCGAACGGCCCCUCGUUCGGUAGACAGAAACAACCGAACGAGGGGAUUCAUGCGAACCUUACCUGAUCUCUUUAGCCUUUCCCUUAUUUAUUCCCUUAUACUGGGACCAACCGCAGGGCCCCAUCGCAUGGAACCCAAUUCGGCUGUUCUCUCCAGCGCGGUCGGUCUUUUUAGUACUUCCAUAAAUUUCCCGAACCCCUGGUCCGAUCUGGGUGAUUUUUGGAUAUGUUGCUCACCCCGAUCAGGGCUACCAGGGGAUGUGCCAUUUAAAGGGGUACCCCUAGGUUUAGGGGGUACAUCCAGAAACUGGGGGAAUUUGUGUACAGUAUAAGGGGAUUAUGAGUCAUGCUGAGGGGAGGAGAUAGGUGGGAGGUUACUAUUGUCGGAUUGGGUACUGUACUAAUUGAUGAAAGUCCCUCCCUUGCAUGGGAGCAUGCUAUAUAAGGCCACUGUGGAAUAAAGGUGUUCGGUUCUGCUCCUGAUGCUGUGUGUCGUCCAGUUAUUGGGAUUGCGGUUGGGAUACUGUUGGAUUAUCUUACCUGCUGGAAACCUUGCCUGUGGAUUUAUAAUUACUUGUUCCUGAGCCUCACUGGGAUCUUAAGCGGAGAUAAUCUGUGGAAUAUUGUAUCUUCGCUACAGUGUUUGUUUUUUGUUUUUCUUUUUUCUUAUAUAUUAAAGCAUGUUCUAUACUAUGCAAUCUAAAUUUGCAGCAUUGAUUGGAACAUAAUAUUGUAUGUAUAGAAAAAUAUGCAUUCUCACAAACAAGAUGGCCACCAACAGAGUUCCAACGCGUUUGUGCAUACAUUGGAGUUCAUUGAAAGGCACAGGAAAAGCAAAGUAUCUUAUUUGGCAGCUGUAAGAGCAGAGGAGAGUAUAUGUCUGGGGGAAGAAUCUGUGUAACCAGCAGAUGGUGGUGUGGAUAUUUUAUAACGAAUCAAACAAAUUUGAUUCGCCAAUGUUGCUUAUUAAGUUCACCUGAGAAAUACAAUAUUCCAUUUGUAUUUAAAUAAUAACUGGAUAUCUAAACUUACUGAAAUCAAUAUAACCUAAACUUUCCUGAGUAACUCCCUCUAUACUGUGUACGUAAAUAUUUCCAUGCAUAGUAUAUAGGUAUCACGAGUAACAAUCACUCAAAGGUAGAAGAAAUAGGAACAAAUAACUGAGCAGAGAGGGAAGUUGGAUGGUAAGAAACAUAGAUGUAUACAUAGAUAGAGAUAUAAUAGCUAUUCCACAUAGAUAAGGAUAAUAUACUACUUAGGGUAAGAGACGGUGAGGGUUUCUUGGUCCUAUUACCUCAAACCUGCAACAACAGAGCCUGCUAUUCUGCCAUCUAUUUAUAGUAUAGCCUAUAGUUAUAGAAGGCAUACCAAUAAUCUAUAAGUCUGGCCAAUGGUGGACCACAAUAGCCUCAACCCUGUCUACUAAACCAUUGCCUAUCUAGAGUCAAAAAGGGCUCGGUGUAGGGGGCGGAGUCUGGCAACCAUGCCGAGCAGACGCACACUGCAUGGGCUCCGAGGCAAAAACUUACUAAUCGCAAAACAAAGGGGGGAGAAGAGUCUGCGCUAAACCGGAGGAGCAGCAACCCUAUAAGGGAAUCCCUCAAGAAACCCUUGUAGAGACAAUAAAAUACAAAAAGGGGGGAAAGGGCUGCGCUAAAAAAUAAUCAAUAGACAAAGUUCGUCUAAAAAAUGGAUAAAAACAGUCUCACUGAUAUGUGAUGGUAGGGUAAUAUUCCUCAGGUGUUGAUCCGUCCGUGUGGUGGCAGAUAGUCCAUAUAUGUGGAAAUAAAAACAGAUAAAGAGCAUCCAAUGGUGAAAUAUAGUACGUUUAGAUGUGAUGUAUAAAUCAAGAGAAAAGUAUUCCACUCACAUUUGUUGGAGCUUGAACCAGCUCUAGGAGAAGAGGCACUUAGUGGUUUAAUCCCCACAAUCGGAUACACUUUAGUGAUGGGUCCGUCUGUCACAACUUUGGAUUUUCUUGAUGUAGGCUGGAACCUGCUCAGAUGUGCGUAGUUCUAUGGUGCUUGGGGAGAUAGGUCCGCCUCUCCAGUUUGGAAUAAUGGGUAUCCACGAAAUAUAUAAAACAGUAGAUAGUGCUCUCAGUAUGAACAGUAAAAAUAUUUUAAGAAAAUAAGUUAUACUUACAAGAAUAGAGCAGACAAAUACUGCUCUAUUACCACAGCGCUGGUGGAAUUAUCCCCACCUGAGGAUUUCUUUUGACAGGAUACACUUCAGGGUUAUGGUGUUUUAAGAAAUAAAAAUUAAAAUAAAAAUUUUUAAAAAUAAAAAUAAAAAAUAAAAAGAUAUAGUAUAAAAACAAUGUAUGAAAGUGCCAGGAGUAGUUGAAAUGUAUAAAAUACAAUAAAAAUAAGUAUAAGAUUGGUCCUCGUAUAAAAGGCUAACCAAAAAUAACUUUUAUUGAUUUAAAAUACACUUUUUAAAACCAUUUACGCGUUUCACCUAUGAGGUUUUUUCAAAAUGGUAAAAGAACCUUUUUAAAACCAUUUACGCGUUUCACCUAUGAGGUUUUUUCAAAAUGGUAAAAGAACCUUCUUUUACCAUUUUGAAAAAACCUCAUAGGUGAAACGCGUAAAUGGUUUUAAAAAGUGUAUUUUAAAUCAAUAAAAGUUAUUUUUGGUUAGCCUUUUAUACGAGGACCAAUCUUAUACUUAUUUUUAUUGUAUUUUAUACAUUUCAACUACUCCUGGCACUUUCAUACAUUGUUUUUAUACUAUAUCUUUUUAUUUUUUAUUUUUAUUUUUAUAAAAAAAAAAUUUUAUUUUUAAUUUUUAUUUCUUAAAACACCAUAACCCUGAAGUGUAUCCUGUCAAAAGAAAUCCUCAGGUGGGGAUAAUUCCACCAGCGCUGUGGUAAUAGAGCAGUAUUUGUCUGCUCUAUUCUUGUAAGUAUAACUUAUUUUCUUAAAAUAUUUUUACUGUUCAUACUGAGAGCACUAUCUACUGUUUUAUAUAUUUCGUGGAUACCCAUUAUUCCAAACUGGAGAGGCGGACCUAUCUCCCCAAGCACCAUAGAACUACACACAUCUGAGCAGGUUCCAGCCUACAUCAAGGAAAUCCAAAGUUGUGAAAGACGGACCCAUCACUAAAGUAUAUCCGAUAGUGGGGAUCAAACCACUAAGUGCCUCUUCUCCUAGAGCUGGUUCAAGCUCCAACAAAUGUGAGUGGAAUACUUUUCUCUUGAUUUAUACAUCACACCUAAACGUACUAUAUUUCACCAUUGGAAGCUCUUUAUCUGUUUUUAUUUCCACAUAUAUGGACUAUCUGCCACCACACGGACGGAUCAACACCUGAGGAAUAUUACCCUACCAUCACAUAUCAGUGAGACUGUUUUUAUCCAUUUUUUAGACGAACUUUGUCUAUUGAUUAUUUUUUAGCGCUGCCCUUUCCCCCCUUUUUGUAUUUUAAAAACUUACUAAUGACUACAAUAAACUAGCAAAACUCUUCAAAAAAGCUUGCACAACAGUCUCAGCUAAAGGGACUUUCACAAGCGGCAAACAAAGCCAGGAGAUCCGAACACAAGCGACAGCCACUAACCGGGGAUCGACUCGAGGCCUAUGGAGGGCCUGACCAUGCGACACGAGGGAGGUGGCCGAUCCCUCCAUCGCAACAGCCUCUCCGGCUGGAGGUCUCCCCGAAAAACUCUACCUCCCCCCCCCCAUGCUGGUGGGGGUCAUCCCGGCAACCACAAGUGACAAGACAGCAGCAAGGAGUCGAUCGGACCCUACCUGCACGACAGCACAAGCGGGGAAAAUCAUGGCGGAUGCCACGUGUGGCCGUGCACUCAGAACAACUCUGCCUCCACUAGCGGAGAGGAUAGACCGCGUACUGCAAGCUUUCUGGGCCAGACUUGCCUUUCGCAAAGAUUCCACAGCGGUGUUGCCUGCAGAGCCCACACGUAAGCCAACACGACAGACAGCGAACCCGGGAAGAGGACAUGGAGCAGCCUAAAUCGCAGGGCGGAGAGUGCGGACGAUCCAGCGGAAAACUACACUGAACCGCCACAACACUAACCAAACGGAGCACCUCCAAACUCUCCAGCGCCGGCCCACACAGAAGGUACCCCCUCCAGACUCCCAAACAAACCCAAAGCCUGUUACACCACCCAAGAGACUAAGCCUCGCAGGGGGAUCUCGGAAACCCGCAACAAUCCACCAUAGAGUUACAUCACUCAGCCCAUGGGGGCUCACCUGGAGACAGGCCCAGCAGUGAGACAUCGUCGGAGAUCACCACCGACCACUACUAAGGGCACCAACCCUGAGGCUGACUGGGAUCGGUUGAACUGUCUGACCUGGACUUGGCAUCAUUUAUCAAAGACACUGCACACUAGGUUCACCUCAAUGUGUACAAUUAAAUUAUGCCUGCAACCAUGCUGGCUACUCAUAAGCAAGUAAUACAGUUUGAUUAAUCACUAACAAUAGCCUAGCAAGUCACAAGCUGAAACAUAUAAGCAAUCACCUCUCACCAAACAUACAUUACCCGACUUUGUCUAACCUUGUACCUUGCCAGACACAUUCAGCAGCAAAAAUAACACAUAGAUAAACAAAACUAUUAUUAUAUAAAACCGUGCAGUACUCACUAAUGCCUAAUUAACAUCACGCUAAGUUGAAAAAUGCUUUCCCUAACUGUUGUGAUUUCCCUAUACAAAAUUAGCAAAGUUAACUGCUGUAUGACGCUCCCUAGCUGUAUACACAGUCUAACAAGUAUUUUUUAAUCUAGCUACUGCUAUACUAUAAACCGUGCUUAUCCAUUAUGUCUAUGAUAACAUAACAACAUGAGAAUUGAAAACUAAACGUUAGUCAAUCUCAUUGUAUUCUAGUUAACCUUACUUUACUAUACUAAACUGUCUAGUUAAGCAUGCUUAAAAAACAAAAAACUGUGCGAAUUUUCAUGCCACUGUUAAACUGUCUUGAAAUACACUGUUGUGGCGACCGUUGAUAUAUAUUGUAAUCAUCUGCACAGCAAAAGUAAAGAAUAAAAGAAAAAAAAAAAGGGCUCGGUGUAAUGUGCUAGUCUGGCUGUUUUAAAACCCCAGUGGCUAUUACCUCAACCCUGUAAUAAGAGAGUUCAUACAGCACAGUCCUCACCCUUCCUAAACAAUCCUACUUUUCCUCUUUCUUUAGUUCAUGCUCACUCAAUCCCAAGCACCUCUUUAUUACCUUCAACUCUCUCCUUUGCCCACCUCACGCCACCACUUCUCCCCAGCUACAGAACAGGAGGUGGUUGCGCUUUUCCUCUCCUCUAGUCCCACCACCUGUCCUCUUGAUCCAGUGCCUUCCCACCUUAUCAGAUAUCUCUCCCCUUGUCUUGUACCAUCCUUAACACACAUCCUGGUGUUGUCCCUGCUCCCCUUAAGCAUGUUACUGUCGUACCCAUCCUAAAAAAGCCAUCACAAGACCCGUCUUCCCCUUCAAACUAUCGUCCCAUAUCCCUGCUUCCUUUUUCCUCAAAGCUUCUAGAAAGACUUGUGUAUACUCGUAAGACUCACUUCCUCAAUUCCAACUCCUUGGUCCUCUUCAAUCUGGCUUUCGCCCUCUCCACUCUACUGAGACUGCUCUUAUUAAAUUUACAAAUGACCUAGUCCAUACUAAUCCUUCUUGCCCUCUCAGCCACCUUUGACACUGUUGAUCAUGUCCUCCUUCUCCAAACUCUUCAAUCCCUCAGUCUUUGCGACACUAUCCUCUCAUGGUUCUCCUCCUAUCUCCCAACGUUUGUUCAGUGUGUCUUUUUGCAAUGCCACUUCUUUCUCUUGCCCUGUCUCGGUUUGAGUCCCCCAUGGAUCUGUUCUUGGUCCCCUCCUGUUCUCUCUUUAUACUGCCUCUCUUGGCAAACUCAUUAACUCCUUUGGAUUCCGCUACCGUCUGUAUGCCGACAACACCCAGCUAUAUCUCUCCUCCCCUGACCUCUCCCCUGCUGCCCUACAAUGUGUCACUGGUUACCUUUCUUCAAUCUCUAACUGGAUGUCCUCCUGCUUUCUGAAACUCAGUUUCUCUAAAACUGAGCUUCUUAUUUUUCCCCCUCAUAAUGCUGCACCUCCUCCUUCGCUUUCCCUGCAAGUUGAUGGUACUUGCAUCAGUCUGUCCCUGCAAGCUCGUUGUUUUGGUGUUAUCUUUGAUCCUGGCCUCACCUUUGAGCCUCAUAUCCAGAAUAUUGCUAAAACAUCACCUGCAUCCGCCCCUUUCUCAUGCAAGAUGCUGCCAAGGAGCUUGUUCAUGCUCUGGUAAUCUCUCACAUGGAUUAUUGUAAUUCUCUCCUAUUUGGUCUCCGCCAGGCUGAUCUUUCUCACCCAUCGCUCCUCCCAUACCUUGUGUAACGGAUCGCCUGGCACCCCGACUGGGUACCUCCGUUAAAGGAUGCUCCUAGCGCUUCCUGAGGACUCCAAGCACUGCAGCAGACACCACAACCACCGAACCGGAGAAGCAUAUGAAUCCUCUCAAGCAUAUGAAUGCUGUAGACAGUUGAAUAGGAACCAUAUGAAUAGGUUUACUCUCCUAGCAGUCAAACUGGAACAGCAUACAAUAAAUCCUUCCCCCAAUAAUGAGACAACACUUCACUUUGAGGGUUAAAACAGGAACUCCCUGUACUGUCACAUACAGUCUCUUUUAUUCCCAAUCCACAAACAUAGUACAGCCCACAGGGCGUUACAAAACAGCCAAUCAAUCCAUACAAUACACCCAGACACUCCCACACAAAAUCCUCCCCUCUGGCUGUGAUAUGAUUACUGAACACAAUGGGUAAUCUAAUUAUCACAGCCAGAGAAAUACAGUUUCAUAAAACACAUCACAGGGACCCCAAAACAUGCAAUAACCCCAUAAAAUAUCAUUUUAACUGGGGGAUCUGGGUGAACCACAUAUCCAAAAUUCACCCAGAUCCGUUCAGUACUUUGGAAAAUACAGUUUAAUGCAGAUUCUGCAGAACAUAUACAGGCUAAAUAAAAACAAUCACUGUAUAAUGUGUCCCCUGCUGUAUAGUCCAAAACCACGCACGAUGUCUCUGUGCAACAAAUACUGGCGAGAUGGCACCGUGUUGAAAAGUCCACACAGUGUCUGUGAGUUAAAAUGGCCGCCAUCCAUUGUUCUCACCAUGUGCUUCUGAUACAGGAAAUGGUGGCCACCCAGUAACUCCACAGUAUGUCCCCAGAUGGUUCUUAAAAGGGCCAGCAGCAGCACAACACAAAUCCAUUAUGCCCAAAUAAUGUCUUUAAAGGGCAAUACAUCCCAGGGGCCAUAGUCACAUAGCAGGAGGCUGGCAACCAGGCUUCUCCAGUGCAUAGUGGCGAGGUUGGUUCCACCACACCUUGCCCCUCUGUCGAUUCUUACACUGGCUUCCUGUAUCCUAUAGGUGUCAAUUCAAAAUACUAACUCUUACCUAUAAAGCUUUAACCAACUCUAGUCCCUCUUACAUGUCUUCACUGAUUCAUAUAUAUGCCCCUUCUUGGUCUCUCCGCUCUUCCAGUGACCUUCUUCUGUCUGCUGCUCACACCCUUAUCAGGACUCUCUUUAAAAGGGGACCGGGGGACCUUGAUUAAAUCAAGUGCUGCAGCCCACAGGGUUUGGACGCCGUCAGGGGGCCCGAAGUAGCUUCCCCUAGGGCCCCCUGUCUGCGUACAAACCCUGUGGGCUGAGGCAGUCGAUGUAAUCAAGGGCCCCUGGCCUUUUAAAAUUACUCCUGACCGGGCCGAUUUCAUGUUGCCUGCUGGGAGGAAGUGAGGUGAGAUCUGUGUGUAUCUGAAUGUGUGUGUGUGUCAGUGUGUGUGUCUGGCUGUGUGUGUGUGUGUAUAUCUCUUUGUGUUUGUGUGUGUGUGUGUGUGUGUGUGUGUGUGUGCGCAACUGGUUGUUUGUGUCAGUGUGUAUCUGGCUUUGUGUAUGUGUGUAUCUGGCUAUAUGUGUCUGUGUAUGUACACCUGUGUGUAUGUGUAUCUGUAUGAAUGUAUACCUGUGUACUUGUGUUAAUGUGUAUGUGUACAUGCAUGUGUGUGGGUGUGUGUGUGUGUGUGUGUGUGUGUGUGUAUGUAUAUAUAUGUAUGAUAUGUGUGUGUGUAUCUAUGUGUGUGGCAAUGCAUUCAUCCCAGCAUUCCAAUGCCAACACUGCACACACAUGCGCUAAAACUGCACACAAAUACACUCCUGCGUUCCAACAACAUUGCAUAUCUGUGUGUACAUAUCUGUGACAGUGUGUAUCUCUGUGUGUGAAUGUGUCAGUGUGUAUGGAUGUGUGUAUGCACCAGUGUCUGUAUCAAAGUGUGUGUAUCAGAGUAUGUGGUGGUGUGUGUGUACAUGCCAGUGUGUUUGUGUUAGUGUGUAUCUAUGUGUCAAGGUGUGUGCAUAUGUCCAGGUGUGUGCAUGUAUCAGUGUGUUUAUGUGUGUAUCUGCGUGUCAAUGUGUAUGUAUAUCUGUGUUAGUAUGUAUGUGCAUACAUCCAGGCAAUCAAACACACAGUGGCAAACACAAUCAUUAUAUACAAACACACACCUGAAAACAAACUCCAAAAUUGUAUACAAACACAUUCUUCACUCACAUCAAUACUACACAAAAAUGUAUAUCUGCAUUUAAAAGACAACACUACAUCCAAACACACAGCCCUGCAUUCAAAUUACAUGCAAUUACAAAUGUUACAUACAAACACACCCCUUUAUUAAAACACGAAAAUUACAUACAAACACCAACUCUAUACACAAAAGCACACCUGCAUUUAAAAGCCAACACUACAUACAAACACACACCCCUGCAUUCAAACGCAAACACUACACACAAGUAUGCCACUACAUUCCAAUGUUAACAGUACAUACAAAUACACCCAUACAUGCACACAUAUACUCUUUACAAAAACAUGCUUACAUUCAAAAUUUACAAAUAGUGCUCACAAGUACAACCCUACACGCUCUGCAUGAGGACAUCCAGGAUCAGAUUUUUUCGUAUUUAUUUUUUUGAUUCAAUCCUUUCCUAUGGGAGGUCUAAUGUGUGCGCAGCAUUUGCAGUGCAUGUGCAUUAGCGCCCACUCAUCGUGAGAUGUUGCUCUGGGAUCAGGUAAGUAAAUAAAGGGUUUUUAACCUCUAAAGGACACAGCUUCAAAAGCUUGUCUUGCACUUAAGGACACAAUAAAUACAUUUUUGCAUUUAUUGCUGUUUGUGUUCAACUGUAAUUUGCAUUUUACUAAUUUAUUGUACCAACACAUAUUAUAUAUGUUUUUUUAAGGAGAAAAAGGACUUUAAUUUGAUGUGACAUAUACAUAUAUAAAUGAUGAUUUAUUAUAAAAAAAGUACAAACAAAUGCAAAAACAAGGAAACAUAUUGUUUGUUUUGACAGUUUUUGCAAUAAUAAUGUGUGUAUAAUUAGUGCAAGUUAAGGAAAGUAAUUAAAAAUAAAUUAAUUUAGUUGUUCUGAUAUAAUAUGUCUAGGAUUUUAAGUAUUUUUCUUGGUAGUUAUAGGUCACAAAACACAAGGAGUAAAAUAAACUUUUAAUGUCGAGCGAUUUUAGAAUUUGGUAUGUUUGUCUUGUAAGCUUAAUAGCCAUCAAAGAAAACAAAAUUGCCACACAAAAGUAUAUAUUUAUGUAAAGUAGACAUCGCAGAUUUUUUACCUACGGUUAUUAUGACACUUUUUGCUUAGCCAUUUCACUGCCAAUCUCUGCUAAAUAUUGGAGUAAAAUUGUGGGUUUUUUUGGUUUUUGACACACAAACUUAUAACAAAGAUCUUCUCAUGUGUAUUUAGUAAAGUUGGUGUGUGCUAUUCCUGUACAAAACUUUAUUUUGUGUUCAGCUACAUCUGCUGAGUACAAAUAUACCCCCAUUGUAUGUUUUUGGCACUAUUGAAGCUACAAUGCCAUAUAGGAGACCUGUCCAUUUCAGUAUUUACAGUAGGAUAUAAGGGACAUGUUUUAAGUCAACAUUUAAAGACUGGUAUCUCCCAAAGUUAUCUUUAUGGCUAGGAGAGGAUGUAAUCUAAGGGAUAUUUUGGUUGACAGUUACCUCCAGAAUGGAUCUAGUCCUACAUGCAGUCACAUUCUUUGUUUCUAAGUUUGAGCUGGUGGCUAUAAAAAACUACCUUUAUUCCAACCAGUAUCUGAGGUCAUACUAAAAUAGGAAAACAUGUGGCACCCAACUGAUGUCACAGGAAUUAAAACAUUUUGGGCACUAAUCCUAGUAAGGGGUAGCCAAGUAUCAGUUCCUACUGGCACAAGCACACCAUUCAAGCUACCACUCUUUUCCAAGGGGUUAUGAAGAGACAUCGCUAUGAGCAAAUGCUGAGAUUUCUCCAUUUUAAUGAUAAUGCACUCUCCCCAUCAGAAAUUACCCAUUGUUUGACAGGCUCUUCAACUCUUAACCAACUCCUGUCUGACAAAUGUUUCCAAAAUUAUAUCUCAGAUCAAAACAUUUGCAUUUGUUAACUGCUUCUCAAACAAUAUAUCCAAUCAAAGCAGAUAUGGCAUUAAAUUCCAUAAAUUAUGCAAAUCCACUACUGGCUAUUCAAGGGCUUUCAAGAUUUACAGAGGGAAGGAUAGCCAUCUGGAUCCACAAGGAUGCCCUGAUUCUGUGGUACAAAAGACAAGAUUGUGUUGGACUUGAUACUUCCAUGUUUAAAUAGGUUGAUAAUUAUACCAGUAUUGAUUUAUUUAAAAAUGUGCAUAAAACACGCAGAGGUUUCCCCCAAAUCCUGACAAGCAAAAACAGUAGAGUCUCAUCUUCAACCAGGUUGAGGUGCUGGCCUUUGGUACACGGAUAAGAAAGGUGUGUGCAUGCUGUCUACAAUAUAUGAUAAAAGUACAGUGCCAGUGUCUGUCAGAGGAAGAAUUAAGCAGCUGUAAAAACAGAAGUGCAUUGUAGACCAGGGCCGGACUGGCCCACCGGGAUACAGGGAAAUUUCCCGGUGGGCCGCGGCACCUGGGGGCCGGCCGCGUUCCUGGCUGGAACCGCCGGGCCGGGUGGCAGCUUCCCCGGUCCGGCGGCACUCCUCUCACUGCUGUGGCUGAUGGAGGAGGAGCAUGUCUCUGUACCAUGCUCCCUCGUGUUCCCGGCACAGGAACCGCGAGGGAGCAUGGUACAGAGACAUGCUCCUCCUCCAUCAGCCACAGCAGUGACAGGAGCAGGGCUACCGGACCGGGGAAGCUGCCGCCCGGCCCGGCGGCUCCAGCCAGGAACGCGGUCGGCCCCCUGACUUCUCCAGGUAAAGGGGGGGGAGGGAAAUAGAGGGAGGAGGGGAGAGACACAGGGAAAGGGGGGAGGGAGGAGGGGAGACACAGGAAAGGGGCAGAGAGAGGGAGAGGGGGAAAGGGGGAGGGAGUAGGGAGAGACACAGGGAAAGGGGGGAGAGAGAUGGGGAGUAGGGGAGAGACACAGGGAGAGAAAUGGGGAUAGAGAUGGAGAGAGGAGGGAGAGAUGGGAGAGACACAGGAAAGGGGGGAGGGAGAGAGAUGGGGAGGAGGGGGAGACACAGGGAAAGGGGGGAGGGAGAGAGAUGGAGAGACACAGGGAAAGGGGGGAGGAAGAGACACAGGGAAAGGGGGUGAAAGAGGCAGAGGGGGAAGAGAGAGACAAAGAGGGAGAAAUGAGAGAGAGACACACAAGGGGAGGGGAAGAAAGAGGCAGAGGGGGAAGAGAGAGACUGGGAAGGAGAGGGGAGACAUUGACACAGAGGAGCAGUGAGGGGGAGAAAGAAACAUACAGAGUGACUGGGGGAGACAAAAAGGCACACAGAGGGGCUGGAGAUAAAGAGACACACAUAGGGGCAGUAUAUAUCACUGGUGGAUGGGGGGGCAACGGGCCCCCCCCCCCCAAGGCUUUCCCCUGCCGGUCGGCACCGUGCAGCCAGUCGGCAGGGGAGGAAGAGAGGACCUGGGGCAAUGCUCCGGCUCUCACGAGGGUGAACUCUAGCCCUGGAGCUACGGGCUAGAGUUCACUCUCACCACUUCCUGGUGGUCCCAGUAGUAGGAGUGAACUCUAGCCCCAUACACACACUGCCCCCACACACACACCAUACACAUUCACACACUGCCCCCACACACACACACCAUACACAUUUACACACUGCCCACCCACACACUGAACCUUUCACACACAUUGCACCACUGCUCCUAUACCCUACUACAGCCCCAUAUCCCAGCAGACUCCAGGUAAGUUGUCAAACUGUUCUUAAACGGUUUGACGACUUACUCUGGGAGGGGGUGCCGACGCUCCUGGCACCAUAACCACUACACAGAGGAGUAGUGGUUAUUGUGCAUGGAAUAUUUAUUUAAAUAAUCUACAAGUGCCCCUCUCAGGCUCAGGCUCUGGAUCCGCCACUAGUAAAAGACAUGUAUAUUAACCCCUUAAGGACACAUGACAUGUGUGACAUGUCGUGAUUCCCUUUUAUUCCAAAAGUUUGGUCCUUAAGGGGUUAAAGUGUGUAUUAGUUUUAUAUAUAUAUAUAUACCUAUUAUAUUUACACAUAUUAAUGUACAUUUAUAAAUGCAUAAUACACAGAGAAAUUUCAUUAAUAUGUACCAUAUGUAAUGAGCAGAUAUUGGCCCAGUCUUGUUGCUAGGUGCAUACUCCAGCACAAUAACAUAUUUAAAGUGAAGAGCACACCCACAGGACUUCAAAAUAAUUUUUUUUUUACAGUUGUGCCCUACAUACAUUCACCAUUUCAGUCCCAUUAACAAGCUUUCCUUAAUAUGUCAAGGUAGUUGGACUGAAACAUUGAUACAUGCAAAGGCACGUCUGCUUAAAAUAAAUCUGCACUUUUGUUUAUUUUGAAGCCUAUGAGUGCGCUUUUUACGUUGAAUUACUUUUUAAUUUUAAGUUAUCUGUUCUAACUCUGUAUCUGCACACUAUGCUGGCGCGACGCAUUAUAGGGCUGGUAAAUAUCUUUUUUCAGGGCUGCUUUUAAUUCCCAGUCCGGCCCUGUUGGAGACUACCAAACCUAUUUCUUAAUUAUAUGUUAAUUGUUUGAUUUUUUUGUAUUUAUUUUUACUUUGUCGCCCAAUCCCAAAAUUAAAUACUUAGGAAAAUGAAACACACCCAAUGCACUUUUUCUGUACACGUGCAUCAUUACCAGGGAAAGUAUGUACUUUAUAACAUACAUGUCUGAAAGUAUAAAUAUAUGUAAUUGAAUCUGUUUAAUUAAUCUAUGUUGUAUUCUGUAUAAACGAUUUAAAAUAUUUGAGACUAUUUUAAUGCAUGGCAAAGCCAAUAAUAAGAUGUCAUAUCUUUAUUUAGGAAAUGCUUCUGAUCCAUCAAAGAAGAACUACAUAGUACAAUGGAGAUCUAAACAGGAUCCAGAUUAUCCCAUGCACAAAAUAUCUUCAAGUAAAAGACUCAUUUAUAACUCUGCCUUUGACAUUAAAUGCAUGCUAUGUCAGCUAUGGACUUUACCUGUUGCGCUUUUCCUUUCAUUAUAUAGAAUAUUUCCAGAUUUUCUGAAUUAUACCUUUGGCUGAAGCAAUAAUUUAUCUGUGCAUUUGCGCUUGACAUCUCUCUUCUGCCUUUGUAGCACUGAUCGUGAAGAUCCUCUAGGAAGUGGCUCUUCCAACUGAUUUUGCAGGUCCUAAAGAAUUACUAAACCACAUUUAUCAGUUGAUGAUACUUAAAAGGUUUGAACUGGCUUUAAAACACAGUUAUUGUGAAUGUGAUCAAGUCACAAUAAUGGCAUCGUACAGUGCUUUUUACAUUUUAUCUGAUUUGUAUCACUAACAUGCUUUAGCCAUAUUUGAACUGUUUUAAGGGUAAAUUUUCAUAAACCAAGAAUAUUAUGUUUAAAAUAAUUAUUUACAUGACUUCUGCAAUUAGCAGUCAUACUUGAGUGUUGGAUUAAUCACUAUGCAGCCUUGUAUGUAGCAUGUUUGGAUUAUGUUCUCCCUCUUCUGACAUUCUGCCUUAUUUAGGAUACAUUAUUGUAAAUCCCAAGACACAUUACAUAGUUACAUAGCUGAAAAGAGCCUUCCUUCUAGGUAAAGAGGGGAUCUAAAAAGUUGACAUUUGCUCUUAAAUAAAGUGUGGCCAUACUAUGCAACAUUGUGUGGGCAGCUUUAGAUUUCGUUCAAAGAACCAUUAGGUGUUUGGUGAUUUUUUUUUUUUUUUUUCUAAUAAUGGCAUAAAUGGCCAUGGCUAUUAGUGGAUGAUGAAUUAAUCAGGAUAUAUAUGAUAAUAUAUGUAUGUGUGUGUGUGUGUGUGUGUAUAUAUAUAUAUAUAUAUAUAUAUAUAUAUAUAUACAAAGAGUUUUUUUUAUUUUAAAUUCAGUGGUUUAUCAUGACAAUUUUAGACAUUAGAUUUUUUAAAUAUAUUUAAGGUGAUAAUUUCCCUUUGAAAGUACUGUGCUGUAUUAAUUAACUUUUGUGGAGUAUUUUUGAUUUUUCACAUGCCCAAUGCCAUGCACUCAAUAUCUGCUUAUUCCUUUACAGUACACAUGUUUAUGUACUGUCUAAAAAUACAUUUUCUUUCUAUUAUUUUCUCAAUACACAGUGAACUUGCAUUAUUUUUAUAUGUGUUAACUAUUUUGCCUAUUAGACUGUUGUUGAUAUUUAAUUAAGAUUUAUUAAAGCAUAACAUACCUCAGUUUCUAGGUUUCAUACUACUAAAAUUACAGUAUUGAAAUACAUCAGGAUUUAUAAAUACUCAUAUUUACCUAAUUGUAUUUUUACUUGUGAUGAUGAUUAUGUUGUGAUUUGUAAUCUAAUGCACACAUGUGGUUUAAAUAUUUUGUAUUCUUUAAAUCCCAUAUUUGUGCUAGGUUUUAGAAUGAAAUAUUAUCAUCAUAAUAAUACAUACGUGUGAUGUAAUCUUUUUGGCAUUUCUUCCCUCUGAGCUGUGUCAGAAAGCUUUUACAUGGACUUGACAGUGAAAAUACACAUAUUGAACCCUUGUUCUAUGUGUUUUAAGGAUUUUAGGAAAUAGAACCAAAAUGUUUGAUUUCCACUCUUCCAUCCUUUCCACUCUUCCAUCCUUUCCAGUCAUUCUUUUGCCCAAUCUAGUAUGUUCCUCUUAUUCUCUUGUCUUUACGUGAAGAGAUAGAUAUCAAUGAAAAGGUCAGCUUAAGCCAAGUAUAAAAACUUAAAAUUAAUCUCCAGCAAAUAUGUAAUUGAAAGCCAUACUUACCGGACUCUUGCUUACUCCUCCUCAAUGAUGACAUAGUGGAUGCAUUGCUUAGAGUGUACAUUUGAGGAUGCCACAUUAAACAUUUUCAAACUAAUGGACGGAGUACUCUUAUGGUGACAAAUAUAUUAGACCUUUUUGAUAAUGCCAUAGAGAUAUCAAAAAAUAUAUUAAUAGACUUUAAAUAUUUAAUAUCCAUUCAGAUUGCCCAAUGCCAUGUCAUUUUUAUGUAAGAGAUACAUUUUAGAUGGUCUUUCUUUUCAGCAAUUAUUUAAAUAAUGGCAUGUCAGGCAUUGCAUAACAUAAUGGGAUUUUCAGAGUCUUUAAGAGAUUAAUCACUUUUACACACUCUCUUCUGAAGAGUUCAAUUGAAACAUAUCUAUAUCUAGUAGAUUUACAUCCCAUUUAUUUGUUUGUUUUGAAAGUGCCCACUUCAGGAGAAUUUAUUAUUCACAUUGACCAGGUUUUAAAUGCAUCUGAAAUAAAACCUUUUUUAAACAUAGGUUUCUUUGUAAGUUACCUUGGAUGUUGUAGACUGUAUAAAAAUAUUCUUGGUGGCAACCCUCCUGUUAGGAGGGUUGCAUUCUUCAGUUGUUGGUUUAAAUGGAGGCUUCACUUUUUUUUUUUCUAAAAAUGCACUCAAAAUGCAUUUGAAGAAAGAAUGGUCCUUUAUGUCUUUGGCAUCCCUCCUACUACCUCCCAGACAGUACUCUGGAUCUUAAGUCAAAACCUUUUUUUUAUUUUUUUUAUUUUUUUUUUACACAAUUCAUUAUUUAUGAUUUUUUUUGUUUUAUGUGGAAAACAAUGAAAAUACAGAAUAGCAUUGUGUAAUGCAUUGAUAUCAAUAAUCAAUAAAUGCAUGUUAAAUAUCCAUACAUGAGGUUACAAUGAAUGCAUAUGACAGGAUAAUAGUAUACAUUAAUGGCAUCAAUGUGCCUGUAGGUGUUGUCAUUGGCUAGUCAAAACUUUUUAUUUAUUAAAGUGGCUGUUUUUAACCAUAAGACUAUCAACCAGAUUAUGUUCAUCCAGAUAUAAUUUUUAUAUGAAUUUGAGAGCAUUUUUUUUUCUUUGUGUGCUCAGCAAGCUUCUCUUUUCCAAAUUUCCCUGCUUCCAGCACAGAGGGACACAUGAAAAUCCAUAGGCUCAGGAGGCUCAGCUCUGUGAUAGCACCAUUCGUCAUCAGACUGUUCCUCAUUCUCAGACAUUUCCUUGCCCUUAGAUACUUCAAUGACAUCAUUAUCCAGAUCUGGCACUUUAUGUUCAUGCUCCUUUAUAAAUCCUGGUGUUCAGUCUCUAGUAAUGUUUUUGCUAAAGGUGGGAUAAACCUGUUGUGCUCUGGAAUCCUGAGCAGUAUAUCUGGGAUCUCAAAAUAUGCUGAAUAGUCACCAAUAAUUAUCAUAUGAAUUUGAACCAGGUGACACCUCACCUCAUGUGUCCACUAUGGGGAAUGUUUUUUUUUUUUUUUUAUGGAGAUUUGCCAGAUGACGCUGACUCUAGGUCCUUGGUGCCCUCCACAGACAAUGAAGCAGCAGCAAUACUAACAUUAGUCUCUUUAACUGUUAGAGACAGGGACGUAUCUUCCGUGAGGCAAACAAGGCAUCUGCCUUGGGCGGCAUUUUGCAGGGUGCGGCAAAAAAAGCCUCCCCCAAAUGCCCAGGUGGAUUCCGAGGUGGGCGGUGGUCAGUGAGGGAGCAUGCUCACCUGAGCUCUUCCUGCUCAGCUCCCUCCACGCUGCAAAAUGAAGCCGGGAGCCGGAAUAUGAUGUCACUCCAGCUCCCGACAUCACUAAGUGGUGCGCGAGGGAGCUGAGCAGGAAGAUGUCUUCCUGUCUGCCCCCCGCCUGCCCGCCCAGCAGCCCCAUUGGACCACAGGGAGGCUGGGUGGAUUUAAAAUAACAUUUAAAAAAUAACUCUGGCUAGAGGGUAAUGUAGAACAGCACUUCUAAUUCUAUUCAUGGAUGUGUACUUAGCCUAUUCUCAGCAGCAUGCAGUAUAUUUAAGCAUUGAUAUGGGUAUAUAGAAUAAUUCAAGCAUUAUCAAUGGAUGUUAAAUUCACGUUUCCCUGCAUUCUCAUUAACCUUCACGUACUUCCUGCAAUUUACAUGUAAUAUGUGUUAGUUUUUUUUGGUUAUAACAUAUAAGCUUAUAUGUUUAUAGAUUUUAUACUUGGUAAUACAUGAGUGUGGUGGAGCUCCUGUACUCGAAUGAGUACCUCUACCAUGUCCAGAGCAAGGAUAUAGGCAGCCAUCUUGCUCAGCGUUUAGCACCCCUUCUAAGGUUUCUUUUUUAGGCAUAGUCACUUCUGAUGUUGUCAGCCAAGGAGACAGAUCAGGGGCAGAGCCAUCACCAGCAGACUAGAAUAAAGAUUCUACUAUAUUUAGGUGGAUCUUGGGGGCUAGAUAGUGUUUUUAACACUAUAGAGUCAGAAAUACAUGUUUGCGUUCCUGAACCUAUACUGUUCCUUUAAAAAGAAAAACAAAUAUAAUUAUAUAUACAUAUAUACACAGAACCAUAAAAAAGUAAUUGUAAUAACAAGGAAUUGGCUUAUUUACUUACAUUUGAAUGCGGACUUAAGUACGUGUGCAAAACUUUAAGCCCCUUCAAGGAAAGAAUCAGAGAGAUUGUUAGAUCAGUGUUAAAGAAAAAAUACACUCUAGUUCAGGGGUAGGCAACCUUUUAGCAGCACUGUGCCGAUAUAGGAUUGUGAUGUCCUGUAGCGUGCCGAUCCUCAGGCCUGUCACCACCAGGCAAGCUAACCAAGCAAUUGCUUGGGGCCCCGAGCUGGCCUGGGCCCCCAAGCAGGACCGGCGCUUCCUAUAAGGCUGCACCCACCUGAGCGCUCUAUAGAGAGCCUCAGGCGGCUGCAGCACUGCCUCUCUCAUCACCUCCCCUUCCCUGUAGCGUGUCCGAGCUCCUCUUCCUCCUGUCAGUCCAGGAGAUUCAGUUUCCUGUUCCUGGCCGGACUGGCAGGAAGUGCACCCUGAGCUCGUCCAUGCUACAGAGAAGGGGAGGUGAGAAGAACAUAGGGGGGGGAGUAAUAGGGACACGGGGGGAGGGGAGUAAUAAGGACACAGGGGAGGGGAGUAAAAAGGACACAGGGGAGGGGAGUAAAAAGGACACGGGGAGGGGAGUAAGAAGGACACAGGGGAGGGAAUAAGAAGGACACAGGAGGGGGGGGGGGAGUAAAAAGGACAUAGGGAGGGGAGCAAAAAGGACAUAGGGAGGGGAGUAAGAAGAACAUAGGGAGGGGGAGAGUAGUAAGAAGAACAUAUGGGGGGAGUAGUAAGAAGAACAUAGGGAGGGGGAGGAGUAAGAAGAACAUAGGGGGGUGGGGAGAUGAGGAGAAUACAGGGAGGGGGGAGGUGGGAGGUGGGAAGAUGAGGAGAAAACAGGGAGGGGGGAGGUGAGGAGAAGGGGAGAUUAAGAGAACACUGGGGGCGAGGAGAAGGGGAGAUUAAGAGAACACUGGGGGUGAGGAGAAGGGGAGAUUAGGAGAACACUGGGGUGAGGAGAAGGGGAGAUGAGGAGAACACGGGGGGUGAGGAGAAGGGGAGAUGAGGAGAACACAGGGAAUUUUCAAUUGUUGCAUAUAAUGUGCAUACAAUUUGAACAUUUUCAACAGCAGUAUUUGCUCUGUAAACAUUUAUUUAUGCACAUUAUAUGCAACAGCAGUAUUUGCACUGUAAACCUUUUUUAUUUAUAUAAAGUGUGGGUGAACUUAAACUGUAUGGCUAUGCUGUGGUUCCUGUAGGCUUUGCGUGCGGGGGGGGGGCACCUCCAUGUCCAUUUUGCUUGGGGCCCCCAAAUUCCUUCCUAUGUUUUUAAAUUGAGGUAUGUGUGCUGCCGUAUUCCACUUGUAUUAUUUAUACUGUAAUUGCUUUGUAUCGUUGUAUUUGUGCGUAUUUGAGCUAUUAUAUUGUAUAUGUUCAUUAGUAGUUUAUGGUAUUGUGUAUGAUACAUAUGAAUGUGGGCUGUGUAUGAGGGCUGCUUGUGGAAUUGUGUGUGGGUGGAUAUGUCACAUUGUGUGUUUGGUAGUGUAUGGGGGCUGUUUGGGGUUUUGCAUAUGAGAAGCUACAUGUGGGAUUGUGUGCAUGUAUGUAGAUUGUUAGUGGUGUUGCAUUUGUGGGGAUUGUGUGUAUGUUUGUGUGUGGGCUGUUCAUAUUAUUUGUAUGAGGGGAGGCUUAUUCUGCAGGUCUUUGUAUAUCUAGCAGUGUGGGUGGCUUCCCUGGGUUCCAGUGGGGACCAGCCUGGGCAGGUACAGGUCAACGAAAGGAGCUGCAACAUCAGCUGUGGGCUGCUCUACUACAGUGUGGAUUCCCAUUCACAAGUGUUGGGAGGAAGUGAUCUGAGAUCACUUCCUCUAAGUGCUGCAAUGCAUAAAUUGAGGAUUGUCCUUCACCCUGUUUGGCUCUAGCAGCCUUGAGUGCCGUGGAAAGACACCUCGAGUGCCGUGCAUGGCACUAGUGCCGUAGGUUGCCUACCCCUGCUCUAGUUUCAAGAUAUGAUAUGUAUACAUUUAACAUGUAGGUUCCUCUUAAGGGUUGAAGUUUUGCGGUAUUGGACAUGUGAAAUCAGAUUUACACCUUCAUAGGAUGGCGCGACCCCUGUGACACAACACAUGGAAGUGACGUUUCUAGUGGAAGAUCAAAACGUCCUCAUUCAUAGCACACCUUCGCUUCUAUAUGAUGCAACCUGGCUUUACAGACAUAGCUUCUAAUUGGGCUAUUCUUUCCAGGGGAGGCAGUGUCUAGCAGCUUAAAUAGAGGUGUGAUAAUGUGGUGUUGUUUAGUCCUUCUCUGCUCCCUGACAAAGGAGCACAGAAUUGCACGUCAGUGGGAUUGAGGUGUGUUUAAGGUGGUGGCUCUAGGGUUCAAAUCUGCAGGUUGUCUUGGGCAUUUUUCCUGACAUGAGUGGAUUUAGAUUCUUCCCAUAAGAUCAGUCUCCAAAAACUGGUAGAGAUAUGUUUUCUUUAUCAAUUGGAUCUUCUUGUGGAAUUAGCAUGUGUAAACAUUAUACUUUUCCUCACUACCUUAAAGGUUUUUGUUUAAGUUCACAUAAUUGCUAUCCACUUAAAAUUCAUCUGAUUUUCAAUUAAUAUCUUUAAACAUAUCCUGAUAUUUAUUUAUAAGUCUCUUGAAUGUUGUAGACUGUAUAAAAAUGUGUCUUUGGGUUGCUUUCUUCAAUAGUUGGUACAAAUGGAGGCUUCACUUUUUUUUUCUAAAAAGACACUCCAAUCUAUGCGUUUGAUUAAAGGUCCUUUACGCCUUUGGCUUCCCUCCUACUACCUCCCAAGUGCUCCUCUGGAUCUUUAGUCAAACACAUUUUCAUUAUUAAAGCUACUUUUUAGGCAUAGACAAUUGAUGUUGGUAUCAUCAAUUUUAUCUAUGAAAUUAAUUCAAAUACAAAAUUCAAAGGCCAAAAAUCAUUCUGUAAUUUACCACACCAAGACUCCACCUGUCAACCGUUCUGGUGUAGGGUUCCUUUUCAUGAAUUCAGGAGCCUUAUAUGAGCCUUUUAUUCCACAAACAGUCCUGAUUCUGUUUCAAAAUACCAUCCCUAGUUUAAAACCAGGCUGUGAUUUUAGCAAAUGCUUCUUUGUUUAUGAAUAUAUUUUGCAGCUUUAAAUCUCUAUGAACAAUCUUGUAAGUAUGUAAAACUUCCAGCCCCAGCACAGCACAUGCAGUAUAAAAUAUUUUAUGUUUGAUAAAUGUCCCCAUGCUGUUUAUGUAAUUUGCCAGGUUACCAAGAACAGAUUUCAUAACAAUGUAUGAUAAUGAAAACUUGCAAAGAGGUAGUCAAAAAUUAGAAUCUUCUAGCUGGUCCCUAUAAAAAAUACUUGCUUUUCAGUCAUUAAACUAUCAACUAGAUUAUGUGAAAUAGGCAUCCUUUUUGUAUCUCUUUGUUAGUGUGUGUGUGUAUGUGUGUGUAUAUAUGUAUGUGUGUGUGUAUAUAUAUAUAUAUAUAUUAUUAUUAUUAUUAUUAUUAUUAUUAUUAUUAUUAUUUUUAGAGUUUGAAACACUUUUACACAUCUAUUUAAAAAUAAAUACAUAGAUAUCCCGAAGUGGGACACAUUGAUGGGUUUCGUAUGUAAGAAGCACACAUUCUGGAAUAAAAGGAAAUCAUGACAUGUCACACGUCAUGUGUCCUUAAGGGGUUAAAAUACAAGCCUUAUUAAUUGACACAUGCAGAUACAGAAUGAAUUAUGACAUUGCAAUGAGUAAUACAUGUACAAUAUUUGUUCAACUUGCAAUCUUUUGUAUGGUCAUCAAGUAUUUUACAUUUUUGGGCCUUUAAGGGAAAUAAAUAAAAAUUAAAAAAGCACUGUAAAAUAACUUUGAAAUAUUAAAUGUAUUUGUUUUGAAUAUAUAUGUACUCAGGCAGAUUUAAAAGAAGAAAGCUUUGCAUUUUAGUCUGCAUCUCUCAAUCUAAUUUUCUCAUUAACUGGGGUAGGGGAAAAUAGUACUAUCUUUUAUUAGUAGAUUUAUUAUUUUAGGAUUUAAAAGCGAGAGCAAUAACAAAUUACAGCCAGGGGAUAUCAGCUGGACACAAUUUAUUCAAAGGUCACUCACCCAAUACAACAUUUUCUAUAAAUAAGACAUACAAAAAAAAACAUUGAAAACAGAACAGAGUCAGCCAGUUAUUGGUACACAGCUUCGAGGGGGGUAACCCCUAGCGUAAAUCGAGGGAGGGAUAGUGUACCAAAAGGGGGGGCUGGGAUACAUAACAAAUAUACAGGUACAUCUAAUCAAUCCAGAUAAAGAGAGAUUCUCAAUAUAUUAGUAUGAAAAACAAAAAAAAUAACUUUAUUAAUGAAAAGAUAUAAAAAUUGUCCACUGGCAAAUAUCAUGUGUGCUGUGUACAAACUAUAAUGUAAAAAACCCAAAUAAAGAAUGUGAAAAGAAAAAAAAAACCUAAUAAGUCCGGAAUAGGAAAAUAAUAGAUCUAGAUAUAUGAUCAUUACCAUGUAGGGUAACUAUGAUCGUGAUAACUAAUAGGUUAAUUUUCCUAUAAAGAUCAAAUAAAAUCAUAGCACAAAUACCGUGAGUAUAUAAAGGGCACACGUCUAUGCCAAAUAUACUACUCAAUAGAUAUGUGCCUGGGAAUAGCAAAUCCUGUUGGGAUUGAUAUAAAGUCGCUAUUAUGGCAUGAACACACAGUAAAUCUCAACCCUCAACAAUGCUUGCUGCCUAUAAUAAUUCUGUGUAGAUAAAGAGGUGGUAGCACUUGCAAGAAGUAAGCUGCAAUUGCGGCCAAUUUCUAUAAUAAAUAAGACUGUCUGACAAAUAUGAUAAUGCUGGGAAUAACGCCAAAAUGAAAGGAGGGAGGGUAGAUGUUGUUAUAUACCUAGCCUAAGAGGGUCUCACUUGAUAUGGUAAAUCAUGGAUCCAAAUAGGUCUAAACCCGGAAUACCACUCAUAUUACUGGCAGGCAUAGAUGUAGGGCUAUGGUGUACUAUCCGUGUGGAAGUGCCUGUGAUUCAAAUGGGGGCAGAGCAGGGGCAGAGAAAUUACACUGUGAUUGUAAAAAAAAUCUUGUAGACUGUAAAUAAGAGUCUUCGUGCAACAAAUAGAUCUCCACCACUGGUCUAAUAAGUGCACGGGGGAGGAAGUGCAGCACGGUCAAUUUUUACAGUGCAGGACUACUCCUUUUUAGACCUCUCUACUUAUUAGAGUCUGGUGUUCUGAUGUUAAAACAGGCUCUCUGGAGGCAGUGCUCUCAAAAAUCAAUGAACAGGAACCAGUUCCAUUAUUUAUGGAACCUGACCGUGAGUAUGCCUACCUAUGAGUUCGCUCACAGGGAGUGGAGUGUAUGUGUGUAGAGGAUGUGUUAAGUGUUAUUGUAGAGUAUGUAAUGUGUGUGUGUUCUUAUGGAAUGUAGUGUAUAGGGAUACCAGUUUGUGUAAGGUCUGUAGUGUGUGUGUAUAGUGGAUGCAUUGUGUGUGUGUGUGUAUAGUGGAUGCAUUGUGUGAAUCUGUGUUUGUAUGUGUAAGGAAUGCAAGGUGUGUGUUUCUGUGUAUGUAUGUAAUUUAAUGCAGUGUGUGUCUGUAAGGGGUGCAUUGAGUGUGUGUAAGAGAUGCAGUGUGUGUUUGUGUGUGAUAUUAAAUCAGUCCUGUUAUAUAUUUGUGUGAGAUAUUAAAUAGUCCUGGAAGAUAUUUCCUCCAUCAAAGCAAAUGAUAUGUGCCCACCCUAUGAAUAGUGGUACACCUUCUUUACUCAGAAUUAUAGGAAUGAUCUGUCACCCUCCAAAUGUGCUGGGGGUAUCUACCUUAUUUCUUGCUAAAGUCAUUCAACAUACCCUGCAUGCUUAGGAGAGAUAUGUCCCAAUGCUGUAUACAGUGGCAUAGCAUAAGGGUUAAGGGUUUUUGCCUUGACUGUAGAGUAUAGAUGGGUGCAGUUGGGAUGGGAGGUAUCUCUCACAUUGCUGAAUAUAGUGGGGUGUUGAGGAGACUGUUCCACUGCUGGAAAUCAGAGUGGUUGGAUUUCUAGCAGUAAAAUGUAAGGGUGUAGGGGGUUCUCUGUAAUGUGCCUGAGGGGGGAGAGGACUCUGUUUCAUUGCUGGUGGGACAGUACUGGAAUUGUGGAUUUUUAUCAGUGUGUGGCAGGUUGUAGAAAGGUACAUUGCAGUGUGUGGCAGGUUGUAGGGGCUACAGUGUAGUGUGUGGCAGGUCUGUAGUGUGUUGCUGGAUGUAGUGCUUCCUGUGUAUAGUGGCUAGGUAAAGGGGGUUAUGUGUAGUGUGGGGCAGUGUGUAAGGGGUCCUGUGCAAUUGAACACAGUGCUUUGGGGGUCCUAUGUAGAGGUAAAGGGGGGUCCUCUGCAGUGGGUGGUAGGGUUUAAGUGGGUCCUGUGUAGUGCAGGGGAGGGGUCCUGUGCAGUGAGGGUUGGGUGUAGAAGGGUCCUGUGUAGUGGGGGGGGGUAGGGUGUAGGCAGUCCUACGUAAGGGAGGGCGGGGUGUAGAGGGGUCCUGUGUAGUGGGCGGCAGGGUGUAGAGGGGUCCAAUGUGGGUUUUGGGGUUCUAUUUCAUGACUACAGCAGAGUUAGGAUAUACAAAUUUUAUUAAAUAAAGUAUAUAAUAAUAAUAAUAGUCCUGCUAGUUUCCUCCCUUGUGAGACUAAUGAACUACGAAACUGCUUACAAUUCCAAAUGGCCUUUUUAGGGACAUAAAACCAUUGAGAGAGCCAUUAAAACGUAACAUAAAUUGUGUGGCCAUAAGUAUGUGUUUUUUAAAUAUCUCUUUAGGAUAUACUGAAUAAAGAUGCUGUUUGACACCAUACAAUAUCAGUCAUACACCCACACACAUAUAUACUUAUGUAUAACUAGCUAUCUAUUGAUUGCUUGAUCGAUCGAUCUAUCUUUCAUAUUUCACAGUAUCUUACCUUUUCCUCAAACUGCAUCCUUCUUUACACAGCUUUCCGAUGUCCCACCUGGAAUCUGCAGAAGCCAUUCUCCCAACUUGGGGCUUACAGCCUUGAGUGCUCCUAUCACAACUGGGACUGCUAUUGCCUUUUUUUAUCCUUUCUAACUCCUGUUUUAGCCCUUGGUAUUUGUUCACCUUCUCGUGUUCCUUCCUUGUAAUCUAGGCAUUGUCACAUCCACCACCACUGCAGUUUUCUGUGAUUUGUCUACUACUUCAAUGUCUCUUUGGUUGGCUAGUACUUGUUUGUCUGUUAAGAUCUGGAAGUCCCACAUAAUCUUAACCCUGUCAUUCUCAACUAUUCUGGUGGUACCUACCAUUUAGACUUGGGCAUGUCUUGCUCGUAUUUUAUGCAGAUAUUUUGGUACACAAUCCAAGCAACUUGGUUGUGCCUCCGUGUUUAUGCUGUCCCUAUUAACAUCUUGCACUUGGCCACUAUAUGCUAAAUUGUCUCAAAGACCUCUCUGCACAGUCUGCACCUUGGGUCCUCUCUGGUGUUGUAGACCUCCUUUUUUAUUCAUCUGGUACUGAGUGCACGUUCAUGUGCUACUAGGAUUAGUUCCCCAGUGUGGUCUUUUUGCCCUGCUUUUUCCAACCACUGAUAUGAUUUUGUAAUGUAAGCCAAAAGCACUAACUGCCAAUGGUACAUCCUAAAGAGAAGUUUGUUUUGCAUUGAAAAUUCCCCUGUUCUGCAUCCACUAUCUGUUGUUGUCACAGGCAUUCACUUAGCAACUUACCUUCUCAUUACAAUGUACUUGUGGAUGUACUGUGUUUCCUCCAGGACUGUGACCUUGACAUUUAUCAGGCCAUGAAUUCCUUCCUUCUGGCUGUCAUACGGUCUCUGAGUGCUGGAUUUCAGGUGGAGUCUUCCAUUCAUUGUCACUAGUUAAAAUGUCUUGAUAUCCAUCGUUUUUAGCUCUACUCUUGGCAGAUUAUUAUUAUUUGAGCUGGAUACCUGAUAACUGGUAGUGUAUAUGUGUUGAUGGCAUGGACCAUGUUCUUGCAAUUGAGCUGGGAUCUUAGAGAGUGUGCCUGUGUGUGUGUAUAAACACCUCUUCUUGAGUUGUGUUUAAUAGCAAUUGUAUACAUCAGACAUAUUCUCCAAGGAAUAAAUGAAACAAAAAGGUGGUUCUUUGUUGAACUCAUUUGCAUAUACACACCCAGAAUCCAUUGCAGUAGUAACAGCACUGCAAAUGUGAGAUUUCUGUGGGAAAAGCAAGUUCAUAUUCCAAACAGGUAGAAGGGAUUUUCAAUCAUUUUCUCCCCACCAUACAUGUAUUGGUUUGUGAGAAAAUAUAAAUAUAUAUAUAUAUAUAUAUAUAUAUAUAUAUAAAAUGUGUGUGUGUGUGUGUGUGUAUAUAUAUAUAUAUAUAUAUAUAUAUAUAUAUAUAUAUAUAUAUACAGACAUACAUGUAUUCACAUAUAAAUGCCCUCACAUUAAGAAAAUCAGGUUGGGCAAAAAUUAUAUAUGAUUUUUUGGGUUCAGGCUAGGCAUUUAUUGUGGAACAACAUUAAAAAAGAUACUACAUUGUAGAUGAAUAUGUGCUCCUAACAUUGUGACAUCUGUUUCAACAUGAUACAUUUGCUAAUGCACAAAGGGGCCUUCACUUAUACACAAAGUAAGACACUGACCUGUUCUCUUUCCAUUCUUAUAACACAGUUAGACUGUCAGAUUGUACAGCAUUAUUAACCAUAGAGAACAAGUUUCCUCUUUGCCAGAGCCCAAUGCAUAUAUCUACUUCACAAUACAGCUGGUUCUAGUUGCUUGACAAACUCACAUAUUGGUUACAUAGGGAAUAUUUAUUAAAGUGUUCUAAAAAGAGGUGCAAGAAAAGGAGGUGUCACCCAUGGAAUAUGUCUGUAGAUCCCAUUGGUUAUUGCCCCACUUUAGUACUUAAGACUGCUUUAUGUUGCAGAACACAUUGAUAAAUCUGUAUAGAUUUUACCAUGUUAAAGGAACACUAUAGUCAUAUAAACAACUUUAGCUUAAUGAAGCAGUUUUAGUGUGUAGGUCAUGCUUCUCAGGUAUGACUGGUCAAUUCACUGCCAUUUAGGAGUUAAAUCACUUUGUUUCUGUUUAUGCAGCCAUUGUCACACCUCCCCUGGCUCUGAUUAACACAGCCUGCAUGAAAAACUGGUUUCACUUUCAGUCAGAUGUAAUUUACCUUAAACAAUUAUAUUUCUUUCUCUGUAACUUAAACUUUAAUCACAUAUAGGAGGCUCUUGCAGGAUCUAGCAAGCUAUUAACAUAGCAGGGGAUAAUAAAAUCUAAAUUAAAAAUAACUUGCAAUAAAGGAAGAAUAAACUUUAGAUGACUCUUUACAGGAAGUGUUUAGGAAGGCUCUGCAAGUCACAUGCAGGGAGGUAUGACUAGGGUUCUUAAACAAAGUGAUUUAACUCCUAAAUGGCAGAGAAUUGAGCAGUGAGACUGCAGGGACAUGAUUUGUACACCAAAACUGCUUCAUUAAGCUAAAGUUGUUUUGGUGACUAUAGUGUCGCUUUAAAUGCCACGGUUCUGUGCAGUUGGAGCAAUUCAAAUCCCAAGGUUGCUCGGCUGUGUGCUUUAUUUUAUAAACUUGUUCAUAUUGGGUGUUAUUAAAACAGAUAAAUGUAAAAAUAAGAAAUGGUAACUGUAUACUAUAUAUCUUUUGCUUUAUAUUCCUUUGUUACAGGAGGAAGCAGAAAUGGCAAAAAAUCAAACAACUAAAACAUAUGUAGUUAGCAUCAUAUGCUGUCUGCUACAAUACCAAUGUAUUGCCCAGUCAAAAUAAUGUUGUGCCUUCUGUAAUAUGCAAUUGUAUUUUCUUUAAUUUAAUUUAAUUGUGCAUGCACUUCAAAAUGACCAAACCUCAGUUUUCAUUUUGUAUAUACUUUUAGCAGUCAUUGCAGCCCUUUCAGUCUCAUUUUAUCAUCAGAAGUGCCAACGAUGCUUUAUAAAUGAUUGAUUGUUAAAUAAAGUAUUAAUGACCACGUAGCAAUUAACAUUGCCAUUUUUGUUUAAUACACAUGUAUGGAAAUAUGAUUGUCAGGGUUAUGUCACUUAAUUGUGUAAUAAAAAAAAAGAAAAAAACUAGAAAAAUAUUAAACUGGCUCUUAAAACUGUUAUUUAACAGAAUUGUUGUUUGAUUGUAAAUUUAUAUUUCAACUGUUAACAUGUUGUAAAACUAGUUAUGCAAAUAUGUCAAACAGUAUUAGUGGCUAAAUGGUAAUAAAUUACAGUAUUUCUAAAAUGUGUAAUAUAACUAUCUGCACUUUGUUUUUUCAGGGAUGUAUUGUUAGUGUCUUUAUAAUAAUGGGCGGAUUUACAAAGGGGCAAAUGGAUAAUAAAUUACAUGUUAGCUGCUGGGCAUAUUUACUACAGUUGUUGAGAUUAUAUGAAAUAUUCAUCAAAGGAUUGCCUAUUUUUGCUACACAUCAAAGCAAAUUACUUUUAACUUUAUAUCAAACCUAGAAUGUAAAUUUCACUACUAGUCACAGUUGAGUAUAAUUUACUAUGGCAAACAAUACUGCAUAUUAAACAUAGUAAAAUCAUUAUACAUACCUUAUACACACACAAACAUUUGCAUUGCAAGUUUUAUAAAGAUAUUUAUUGCACUAUAACUUUUGUCUGCAUUUAAAAUAUGUUUACCGAUGACAAAAUCCAAGAAAACAAAACAUAAAGAUAAUUUACUAACAACCUUUUUGAUCCCUUACUAUUCACUUUAAACCCUGCCUUUUUUCUGUCUUGUGCCUUAGUAAAUAAGCCCUAGGAGUUAUGGAGUUGCAUAUCCCAAACUCUAAACAAAAUUCCAUGCCUUAAUAAAUUUGCCCAAUGUGAAUUUUUAUUGUGAAGAUUAAUUUAUGUAUGAUGCUUAUAUAAGCUUGUAAAAAUAAUUGAAAUUAAUUUUUCUUACCAUAGUUGUUUGGAAUAUUCUGUUUGUUCAAACACAUUAGAAAUAAACAAAAACAAAACAAAUUUUUUUUUUUCAAAAUGUACCUGUUUACUAAGCUUGUGAAAAAGACUUGUUUAAAUGCAUGAAGAAUAGCAUAGGACUAGAGGAAGACUUUUUUUUUUUUUCAUAAUGUCAUAUACACAUUUUAACACGUCUAUGUAAGUAAAUUAUAAAAAAUUAAAAACAAAAACAUAAAAAACAAUAUAGCCUGCUAUAUAAAGAAAUGUGUGAGAAGUAAAGAGACUGACUUUAAUUUAUGUACAUUCACAUUCCACAUAUAAUUCAGUUGUUACCGAUCCAGUCUUCAACAAUCCAGGUGUUCUCCAUAUCCCCAUGGGAACAAUAUUGGGACAUGCUUAAAUCUUGACAGUUGAUGACCUCUUUGGAUUGAUAUGGGAAUCACGUUUGUAUAUUAUUUACAUAUAUAUAAAAUUUGGAGACUUCAUUUUACAGAACAUAAUAAAAUACAUAUUAAAUAUAAUUGUUCUUUGUUAUACUGUCAGCCUCUACAUAACAACUGCAGGCUGCAAUUUGUCACAUAUUUACUUGAUACUCCCUGCAACUCUCAUUAUGAAUCCAAUUAGGUAUUUGUCAACUUAUUCUUGACAUUCAACAUGGAGAUUCCUCUUAGAAUAGAGCUAGCAAGAGAACAGAAUGAAAUAUCACAUUAGGUCUACUGAUCAGUGACUGGAAUCAGGAUGUUUACUGGGAGGAUAUAAUUAAAGGAUCACUAUAGUGUCAAGAAAACACUUGUUUUCUUGACACUAUAUAAUCCUUGGGGGACCCUCACCCUCAGGAUCCCCUCCCGUUGGGCUGAAGGGGUUAAAACCCCUUCAGCCACUUACCUCUGUCCAGCACCGGGCACCCUCGGCGCUGGUGACCUCUCCUCCCCCGUCGACGUCAGCUCCCGAGUGGAGCGGAAUGCGCAUGCGUGGCAAGAGCCAUACACGCAUUCAAACAGUCCAUAGGAAAGCAUUUCUCAAUGCUUUCUUAUGGACGUUCUGCACGCUGGAUGCGAAAUCCGCAGAAGCGCCUCUAGCGGCUGUCCGGAAGACAGCCACUAGAGGUUGGAUUAACCCUGCAAUUUAAAGAUAGCAGUUUCUCUGAAACUGCUAUGUUUACAUAUGAAGGGUUAAAACCUGAGGGACAUUGCACCCAGACCACUUCAUUGAGCUGAAGUGGUCUGGGUGACUAUAGUGUCCCUUUAACAAAAACCCAGCUAAAUUAAUUUUCUAAGUUUAGUUAGAGCUAUCUCUGGUUUGGUAUUGAAUUGCCAUGUUUGGAUAUGUUAAAAGGUGUAUGUAAUAACACAGAGAGUUGACAUUGUUAAGGUAGGGAAAUAUUGUAUUACACACAGAUUAAAAUUGCACUAAAAGGUUAAUUCCCCACACCUGUGGCUUUUUAAAUUGCAAUUAGUGUCUGUGUAUAAAUAGUCAAUGUGUUUUCUUUUCUUCCCCUUCUCUUUUCUUCUUUUUUUUUUCUUUUUAAUAUUUCAAACAAGUACCUACCUUGUAUAGUUUUACUAAUACUUCUAUGUUUCAGGCCUCGGUACUCUUGUCAUCAUAAAUAUCUUGUGCUACCCCAUUAAACUCCCUGUGACCACCCCCCCCCCCCACACCCAAACCCCAAUUAACUCUACCCUCCAUCCUUUGGUUUGAUUGUAUUAUAUAUUCUUAUUUAUCAAAUUUGCUUUACCCUUUUACUUUUGGAGAGAUAGAGCACAUCUUCUGCGCAGUGUAUUUUCCUUAUUUUAUUAUUCUGUUUUGUCUGCCCAUUUAGGGGUUAAGAUCUUUACCUUGUUUUCUUUUCCUCCCCUCCUCUUUUCUGGCCAUCAUCUCACUGAGUCUGGACCCUAGCUAUACCUGAUUUAAUUAUUGGCUUAAAAACUAAUUUUAUUUCCAUUAUUUGAUAUAUUACCUUGAUUACAUCUUUCCAGAAUGUAUUUAUGGGUGUGCACUGUCACCAACUGUGGAUUAAAUUGCCUUAAUUAAUAUUACAUUUCAAGCACCUGUCUUAUUUUCUUUAAACUUUUCAUUGUUACCUUAAGUACCAUCUGUUUUAGAGUUUGAAUUGGGUUUUUGUAAGGUUUAGGCAGUGUACAUAUUUAUUUAGUUUAUUUAGAGAGCUUAUCCACUCUUUUUCUUCUAUAUGUACUUGUAGUUCUUUUUCCCAUUUAUUGAUCAAUUCUAUCUGUUUAUCGUGUCUCCAUCUGUAUAUAACUUUAGCGCAUUUUGCCAUUAGGUUUCUAAAGUUUUUUUUAAUUUGAGUAGAUGUUUGAGGAUUGUAAUUUUCUCCCCUCAUUUUGAAGGAGAUAUUCUGCUAAGAAGCCCUUUAAUUUGCAGAUAGCUAAAAGUGUCUUUUUUGGGAAUGUUGAAUUCCUCCAUAAUUUGAUUGAAGGUUUUACUUUUAUGUUCCGUUAAUAUAUUUUUAAAUUCCCUUGUCCCCCCCAGUCUUCCAAGUAUCUAUUUUUAUGUUGUCUAACAUAUCUGAAAUACUAGAAAAAGGGAGCACAUCUAUUAUUCUAUUUCUGAGUCCUAUGUUGUUUGUGCAUUUGUCCCACCAACUUGUACAUUUUUGAGUAUAUGGGAUUUAGUUUGUGCCUCUUUGAUACAUUUUUUAUUCACGACUAGGACCCAAAAUAGUGAUGUUAAAUUUCCUACCCAGUUUUAGCUUUUUCCAUUUUAUACCAUGUUUCUUGGAUUGCAGCAAUAUUUUGUGAAAGCAAUAUGUGAAAAAGUCUGCUAGCCUGAUAACAUUGUUACAUUUCCGGGCACCCCAAACCUCCACCCUGCCAUGAUCUUGCAAAAACUUUCAUUUUAACUCUUGCUUUCUUGCGGCGCCAUUCAAAUUUAAAAAAGGAUGAGUGUGGUAAAGAUAGCCAGUUUUCUGGGAAAUUAAGUGGGAUCAUUCUCCAUAGAUACAGCCAUUUUGGUAAUAUGUAUGCUUUUAGGAUAUUGAUUCUACCUGACCAGGAAGAUCCUAUACCUUUCCAGUCCCUUAAGUUUUUAUUAGUUUUUAUUAGUAAAGGAAAAAGGUUGAUUUCUACUAGAUCUUUUAAAUUUGAAGUUAUUGUUAUGCCUAAAUAUUUUAGCCUAUCCUUGUUUUCUAGGAGCCCAAGGUUUUGUAUAAGAAAAUUAAUUAACCUUUAGUCUCUAUUUUCAUUUUGUAUCCUGACACUUUGGAGUAUUUAUUUAUCUCCUUCAGAAGCUCUGGGAUUUAAGUUUUUGGUUCUUCUAAGGUUAGUAAGAUGUCAUCUGCAUAAAGAUUUAAUUUACUUUUUCCUAAAGAGUUCAUAAAUCCUUAGAUUUUUUUUAAAUUUUGUCUUAUUAGAAUCGCAAGGGGUUCUAACAACACUAUGUAUAGUAAAGGGGAAAGAGGGCGCCCAUGUCUAGUCCCAUUUUUAACACUGAAGUUUUGUGAUGUGAAUCCUGACCCUGUUACUUUAUCUUCUAAUAUGUUUAUUAUUUUCUAAGAUUGUUGAUUGAAGACCGGCCUAGUAUGAAUCCUACUUGGUAAUUAUUAAUUAACUGUCUCUGACUGCCUCUCUGCUGUUUCUAACUGGAUGGCUGCCCACUUCCUUAAACUAAACUUGACCAAAACUGAAAUUCUGGUCUUUCCUCCCUCAAGUGUUGUUACUCCUGUGUCUGUCUCCCUCCAAGUCAACGGUGCUACCAUCAGCUCCACCACACACGCUCGCUGCCUUGGUGUUCUCUUUGACUCCGACCUCUCCUUCAAGCCUCAUGUUCAAUCUAUCGCCAAAUCCUGUCACUUUCAUCUCAAAAACAUUGCGCGCAUCCGCCCCCACGUAACGCCAGAUGCGACUAAUGUGUUGGUCCAUUCCACUGUCCUUUCUCGCCUUGACAACUGUAAUCCGCUUCUCGGUGGUCUUACGUGCUCCCAACUUGCGCCGUUACAGUCCAUAAUGAAUGCAGCGGUGAGGCUCAUAUUCCUGUCCGCCCGCACCUCCCAUGCCUCACCCUUCUGUCAGUCCCUACAUUGGCUUCCUAUAAAAUAUAGAGCUCAAUUUAAAAUUCUGGUUCUUGCUUUCAAAUCUCUACAUAAUGCUGCUCCAACCUAUCUAUCCUCCCUUAUACACAAGUAUGUCCCGUCUAGGCCCUUACCAUCUGCUGAAGACUUACAUCUAUCUUCAGUCCGUACUCCCACCUCUGAUGCUCGCCUUCAAGAUUUCUCGAGGGCGGCACCGUUCCUGUGGAACUCGCUUCCCUCCUCCGUUAGAUGCUCACCAUUCCUCUUCUGCAACUGUCACUAGUCUAAUACUAUCCUUACAUUUUUGUGUCAUUUUACCCCACUCCCUCUAGAAUGUAAGCUCAUUGAGCAGGGCCCUCAACCCCUCUGUCCAACUUGUCUGGUUACAACUACAUGUCUGUUCGUCCACCCAUUGUAAAGCGCUUGUGGUAUGACUAUUUUUAAUCUAUCAGCAAGCAUAGAAGAUAAUAUUUUAAUCUGUGUUGAUUAGUGAUAUAGGUCUAUAAUUGCCAAUCCAUUCUAAGUCUUUAUCUGCUUUUGGGAUGGGGACAAUAUUUGCAGUCAACAACUCUCCAGGACAGCUUCCUGUUUUAGUAAGUUCCCCUUUUAGUUGGUCUUUUAUCAGUUUAUAGAAUUUAUUUGUGAAGCCACCUGGGCCUGGGGCAGUCUCUAUUUAAAGUUUAUCUAUGGAUUUACUGACCUCUACUUCUGUUAUGGUCUGAUUUAUCAGCUUUAAUUGGUCAGGUAGGAUUUUUGGCAUGGAAUUUCAAAGAAUUCCUCAAUCUUUUUCCCUGCCAAAUAUUUCUUCUGGUAGGUUAUAUAGAUUCUGAUAAAAUCUCUGAAACACUCUACCUAUUUUUUCUGUGGCCAUUAAAAAGGUUUCUCUCUCUUUUAUAUUUCUCUUUUUGUAAUUUAUUAGACAUUAGUGUUUCUGGCUUGUUACCCUUUAGAUACCACUUGGAUUGUAGUGCUUCUAACUGUUUGGUUGCUUUAUUCAUUAGUUGAAUAUUUAUAUGUUUCUCUGUUUCUGCAAUCUUCCUUGCUAUUUGUGUGGAAGGUGUUCUCAGCGUGACAUCAGGUCCUCUGUCCGUUAUUCACGACUCCAAGAGGCACCCUGAGUGGCAUGCUAGGUAGGUUGGGUCGUCUCCCUUUCUCUUAGUGUCGGCUCCCAAGAAAGCUCCCUCAGCCGUGUACAAUGAGGACGUAGUCGCAUGCACUGUCAUCUUGCUCCUCCUCCUAGUAGAAUAUCAAUGUGUUUGUUAGCUCUCACAUGGCUGCACUGAGCAGGUUAGGUACUGAGCCAUUGGGAGCAGAAAAGAACUGUCAAAAGACGUGUGUAUCAAGGUAAUGGAACUUUUUAAAGCUGGAAAAGGAUGUAAAGAGAUAUCAAAAGCCUUGAAAAUGCCAGUCAGUACUGUUAAGUCACUUAUUAAGAAGUGGAAAACUCUGGGAUCUCUUGAUACCAAUCCAAGGUCAGGUUGACCAAGAAAGUUUUCAGCCACAACUGCCAGAAGAAUUGUUCAGGAUAUAAAUAAAAGCCCACAGGUAACCUCAGGAGAAAUACAGGCUGGUCAUGUAAAAAGACUGUGUGAUUGUUUCAAGCAGUACAAUAUGACGAUACCUGAACAAAAAUGAGCUACAUGGUUGCCUGAAAGAAGCCUUUUCUGUGCCAAUGCCUGGCUACAAUAUGCCUGACAACACCUUGACACGCCUCACAGCUUAUGGCACACUGUAAUUUAGAGUGACGAGACCAAAAUAGAGCUUUAUGGUCACCCCCAUAUGCGCUAUGUUUGGAGAGGGGUCAACAAGGCCUAUAAUGAAAAGAAUACUAUCCCCACUGUGAAGCAUGGUGGUGGCUCACUGAUGUUUUGUGGGGGUUUGAGCUCUAAAGGCAUGGGGAAUCUUGUCAAAAUGGAUGGCAAGAUGAGCGUAGCAUGUUAUUAGAAAAUAGCAGACAAUUGGCAUUCUUGUCUGGCAGACAAUUUGCAUUCUUCUGCACGAAGGCCGCACAUAGGAGGCUCUUGGACUUUCCAGCAAUGACCAUAAGCACAAGGCCAAGUUGAAGGGUAUGCAAACUUUUGAGCACAACUGUACAACCAAGUCUGCCUGUGUCAACUGAGAGAUUUUGAAAAGCAGGAGGACAUCCAACAUAGUUUCAUGGAGUUAAACACUGUGAAAAGCCAGGAAGCACUUCUAGUGGUUGUCUGAAAAACAGCCACUUGAGGAUGUCUUAACCCUGCAAUGUAAACAUUGCAAUUUAUCUGAAACUGCAAUGUUUUAUAUUUCAGGGUUAAUGAGACAGUGGUACUGUACCCGGACCACUUCAAUUGUAUUAAAAGGUCUGUGUGACCUUUUAUAUUAUUUCCUCCGGUAUAAUGAUAGAUUUAAGUGCAAUAUUUGUUUGCUAUACACACAAUUAAGAAUUGGUAAUAUUCACAAGAUCUGGUUGAAAAUGGUGCUAAAAAAAUUUAAAUAACCACACAAUACAAAUAUGGGGUUUUUCAUUGAACUCCAAUAAAUCGUAGUCAGAAUUGCAAAAAGUAUUUGUGGCAUUUGGGUAUUUUGAAGUGAAAAUUUAGACAUCAUUCACAUAAAACAGUUAUCAAUAUCCAAAUUUAGCAACAAUGUUCCAAAUCUACAUGAAUAUACAUAGCUUUUUAGCCCUCCUGAAAGAUACAUAAUGCUGUAAAUUUAGAACCACAUGUUAUAACCAGGUUACAAAUGUGCAAGAGGUUGGUUCCAACAUGAAACAAAUUGAAACUAUCAUUAACCAAAAACAAAUUGAUAAUUGGCUACAGUUAACAUGUAAGUCUAUAUGAAUGUUUCAGUUAAUCUAGCUGAAGCACAUACAGCACAUAUUUAUACAUAUAUAAAAUAAAACUGUCAAUGUGAUUGAUACAAAUAGUGCCACUUAAUACACUCUGUGCUAUUAAUCCUCACAAUGCUGCCUAUGUUCGGAAUUACAAUGGCCCAUAUGUGAGGUUUAUAGCCCCUGGUUUAUUAAGUUUAAUAUUUUUCUAAGUGGCUUAUAAGAUAACAGUAAGGCUUUGUUGGUGUUAGGGUAACAAUACCAAUCACCCCAGUCGGUAUAAAAGUUUAGAAAACAAAAAUAAAAACAAAAAAAGUGUAGUAGUAAAUAAGUAAAAUGAUGCAUUUAGAAAUGUCAUCCUUUUAUUUUUUUGUUACUUAUUAAAAUUGGUAUUCACAAAUUGCUCAGCCCAAUACAUAUGGUAUACAUGGUCUCCACUUCACAAAUUCUUAUUUAAUCUUUAUUUAUCUAUUGGAAAAAAUCCUAAUUGCCUUCCUUUUUAAUAGGGGAGCCACACUAUUCAAUUUAUGUUAUUUGUUUUAGUAUAUAUUGAGGAUAUGUUAUUUUGCCUUCAAAGAGAAGGUGGAUUUAUUUUGAAUACGUGCCUCACAGUAAAACAGAUUGAAGAAAAUCCAGUAAUUUUUCAGUAUUUCAUGAACAUGCAAAUCCUUUACUUUUAUGUGCUGAUUUUUUCCCUGAUCCAAAAUGUACUAAGUUAUUAGUAAACAAUCCACUGAAAGGUUAGUGGAAUUGUAUUAUUCAGAAUAUCUUUUAAACAAAUUAUAUUUUAAGUAUUUUUCAUCUAGUGCUGAUAAAUGCUCAAGUUCACUGCUUACUAAACUGGUGUAUCUGGCUUAAACUAUUGCAAAAUGGUACUAUUCCAAAAAUGCUGUUUACCUAUCAUUUGAAUUACAUUAGACCCUAUAUUGUUGUAUUAACAACUUUCUUUUCACUUGGAGCUCUGCUUUGCAUUUACAAGUGCUGGCUUAAAUUCAUGCAUUUGUGCUAAAUUAAAAAUGAACAUAUUGAUAAUGUAUUACAUAUAUUCAUUUAAUUAUUUUAUAUUGGUAUGUUCUUCUUUUGCAGAGGAAAACUGCCUUGGAGACAAGUCAAUUAUUUGUCGAUUGGAAGUUCUGUCUCGUUAUUGUUCAAUGCCCACUUUUAGCCGACUGUGCUGUAAACCAUGCAAUUCAUCUCAAAUUACCAGUGAUUCAAAUACAGUGAAAAAUAACAGCAUCGAGAAUCUUGCACCACCAAUCCCAACAACUUUAAGGGCUCCUAAUUCUACUGUGUCACCUACCAUUCCAUAUAAAAAAAACACAUCAUUAAUAAAUGUAACAGAAAAUCAAGAGCAUACUAAUAGAGUAGACAUUCCGUACAAAGUUAAUAUUUUAGACAAUGAAGUACCAGAACCGAAUACCAUCCCCCGAAGAAGGUUUCUAUAUGAAAAGACAAAGAACCAGAGAAUUCAACAACUGAUUGCAGAGAAAAGGAAACAGGAAACAAUGAAGAAACUAAAAUAACUGUAGUAUAAAUCUCAAUUUAUUUUAUUACAUAGACCACAACACAGAUAUUUUCUGGUGCUAGACUAAAAUGGUGCUUUAGAGAACUUACAGAUAUUCUGAUUGGCAUUAUUUCAAAAUAAUAUUUAUUCCAAACCAUCUCACGGUUUUGAAAUCACUUCACAGUCAGUUCACUUAAUGAAUUUCAGCUCUUAAUUUUGUUUUGCGUAUAUAGCCACCUAAAUACAUUUAUAUUUCUAUUAAUUAAAUCAUUUUUCUUACCAAAAUUGAUGUCUUGUGCUUCUUUCCUUAACUCUGUUCUCCUGCAUAACUGCCCCCUUAUUAUAUUAUGCAGGCAAAAAAUGAAAGAAUAUCAUUUAAUUUUAGAAUGGCAUGUAAUAACACCAAUUUUUGGAAUUAAGACUUGCCUAGAUAUGUAUUAGUUUCCUUAAUUGACUCUUUAAUGUUUUUCCUGGUUCAUCACCACAUCUGGCUUUACGAAAUGGUUCACUGCUUACUAAACUGGUGUAUCUGGCUUAAACUAUUGCAAAAUGGUACUAUUCCAAAAAUGCUGUUUACCUAUCAUUUGAAUUACAUUAGACCCUAUAUUGUUGUAUUAACAACUUUCUUUUCACUUGGAGCUCUGCUUUGCAUUUACAAGUGCUGGCUUAAAUUCAUGCAUUUGUGCUAAAUUAAAAAUGAACAUAUUGAUAAUGUACUUACAUAUAUUCAUUUAAUUAUUUUAUAUUGGUAUGUUCUUCUUUUGCAGAGGAAAACUGCCUUGGAGACAAGUCAAUUAUUUGUCGAUUGGAAGUUCUGUCUCGUUAUUGUUCAAUGCCCACUUUUAGCCGACUGUGCUGUAAACCAUGCAAUUCAUCUCAAAUUACCAGUGAUUCAAAUACAGUGAAAAAUAACAGCAUCGAGAAUCUUGCACCACCAAUCCCAACAACUUUAAGGGCUCCUAAUUCUACUGUGUCACCUACCAUUCCAUAUAAAAAAAACACAUCAUUAAUAAAUGUAACAGAAAAUCAAGAGCAUACUAAUAGAGUAGACAUUCCGUACAAAGUUAAUAUUUUAGACAAUGAAGUACCAGAACCGAAUACCAUCCCCCGAAGAAGGUUUCUAUAUGAAAAGACAAAGAACCAGAGAAUUCAACAACUGAUUGCAGAGAAAAGGAAACAGGAAACAAUGAAGAAACUAAAAUAACUGUAGUAUAAAUCUCAAUUUAUUUUAUUACAUAGACCACAACACAGAUAUUUUCUGGUGCUAGACUAAAAUGGUGCUUUAGAGAACUUACAGAUAUUCUGAUUGGCAUUAUUUCAAAAUAAUAUUUAUUCCAAACCAUCUCACGGUUUUGAAAUCACUUCACAGUCAGUUCACUUAAUGAAUUUCAGCUCUUAAUUUUGUUUUGCGUAUAUAGCCACCUAAAUACAUUUAUAUUUCUAUUAAUUAAAUCAUUUUUCUUACCAAAAUUGAUGUCUUGUGCUUCUUUCCUUAACUCUGUUCUCCUGCAUAACUGCCCCCUUAUUAUAUUAUGCAG